CCAGGCCUCCCAGUACAGUGCGCGCUCCCGGCGGUCUCCUCGCGCAGACUCCCGGUUGGAAUCUCGGCCUCUCCUCCUUACACUCAGGCCGUGGGACCCGACAGAGAGAUCCCGUCCCCCUCCGAUUGGCCGUAACGCAGGCCCCGCUCGUGCUCCGUGCGGUCGGUGACAGGGCGGCAGGCAGUGCGGACCCGGAAUCCCCCGUGCCCCCCCGAGGAUGAGCGGCUCCCGCAAUAACCGGGUGAUGGUGGAAGGGGUGGGGGCCCGGGUGUCCAGGGGCCCGGACUGGAAGUGGGGGAAGCAGGAUGGCGGAGAGGGACAUGUGGGCACCGUACGCAGCUUCGAGAGCCCCGAGGAGGUUGUGGUGGUCUGGGACAACGGUACGGCCGCCAACUACCGCUGCUCCGGGGCCUACGACCUCCGUGUGCUGGACAGCGCGCCUACCGGUAAGGGGAGACAGAACAUCUGGGGAGAGAUUCUACAUAUAGAAUGUAUUUAUAUUCAUCUGGGGAGAGAUUCCACGUAUAGAAUGUAUUUAUAUACAUGUGGGGAGAGAUUCCACGUAUAGAAUGUAUUUAUAUGCAUGUGGGGAGAGAUUCCACGUAUAGAAUGAAUUUAUAUCAUGUGGGGAGAGAUUCCACGUAUAGAAUGUAUUUAUAUGCAUGUGGGGAGAGAUUCCACGUAUAGAAUGUAUUUAUAUGCAUGUGGGGAGAGAUUCCACGUAUAGAAUGUAUUUAUAUGCAUGUGGGGAGAGAUUCCACGUAUAGAAUGUAUUUAUAUGCAUGUGGGGAGAGAUUCCACGUAUAGAAUGAAUUUAUAUACAUGUGGGGAGAGAUUCCACGUAUAGAAUGUAUUUAUAUGCAUGUGGGGAGAGAUUCCACGUAUAGAAUGUAUUUAUAUACAUGUGGGGAGAGAUUCCACGUAUAGAAUGUAUUUAUAUGCAUGUGGGGAGAGAUUCCACGUAUAGAAUGUAUUUAUAUACAUGUGGGGAGAGAUUCCACGUAUAGAAUGUAUUUAUAUGCAUGUGGGGAGAGAUUCCACGUAUAGAAUGAAUUUAUAUACAUGUGGGGAGAGAUUCCACGUAUAGAAUGUAUUUAUAUGCAUGUGGGGAGAGAUUCCACGUAUAGAAUGUAUUUAUAUACAUGUGGGGAGAGAUUCCACGUAUAGAAUGUAUUUAUAUACAUGUGGGGAGAGAUUCCACGUAUAGAAUGUAUUUAUAUGCAUGUGGGAGAGAUUCCACGUAUAGAAUGUAUUUAUAUGCAUGUGGGAGAGAUUCCACGUAUAGAAUGUAUUUAUAUGCAUGUGGGGAGAGAUUCCACGUAUAGAAUGUAUUUAUAUGCAUGUGGGGAGAGAUUCCACGUAUAGAAUGUAUUUAUAUGCAUGUGGGGAGAGAUUCCACGUAUAGAAUGUAUUUAUAUGCAUGUGGGGAGAGAUUCCACGUAUAGAAUGUAUUUAUAUGCAUGUGGGGAGAGAUUCCACGUAUAGAAUGUAUUUAUUUAUAUAUAAAUAUGUAUAUAUAUAUAUAUGUAUAUAUAUAUAUAUAUAUAUAUAUAUACACACACACACACACACACACACAAUGGGAACACCCCUGCCUAUCACUUUGUGUAUGAUUAUAUUUAUCAGUCUGUGAUACAGCUCUAUAUGCAUAGUACUUAUAUCCAGCCCUGUCUGAUACAGCAUGCAUAAUAUUAAUAUCCAGCUCUGCAUGCACAAUAUUAAUAUCCAGCUCUACAUGCACAAUAUUGACAUACAGCUCUACAUGCACAGUACUAAUAUCCAGCUCUACAUGCACAAUAUUGAUAUACAGCUCUACAUACACAAUCCUUAUAUCCAGUUCUACAUGCACGAUAUUAAUAUCCAGCUCUACAUGCACGAUAUUAAUAUCCAGCUCUACAUGCACGAUAUUAAUAUCCAGCUCUACAUGCACGAUCAUCCAGCUCUACAUGAUCUUUAUAUCCAGCUCUACAUGCACGAUCUUUAUAUCCAGCUCUACAUGCACGAUCUUUAUAUCCAGCUCUACAUGCACGACAUAUCCAGCUCUACAUGCACAAUAUAUCCAGCUCUACAUCUAUGUCCAGCUCUACAUGCACAAUCUUUAUAUCCAGCUCUCUACAUGCACGAUAUUAAUAUCCAGCUCUACAUGCACGAUAUUAAUAUCCAGCUCUACAUGCACGAUAUUAAUAUCCAGCUCUACAUGCACGAUCUUUAUAUCCAGCUCUACAUGCACGAUCUUUAUAUCCAGCUCUACAUGCACGAUCUUUAUAUCCAGCUCUACAUGCACGAUCUUUAUAUCCAGCUCUACAUGCACGAUCUUUAUAUCCAGCUCUACAUGCACGAUCUUUAUAUCCAGCUCUACAUGCACAAUCUUUAUAUCCAGCUCUACAUGCACGAUAUUAAUGUCCAGCUCUACAUGCACGAUAUUAAUGUUCAGCUCUACAUGCACGAUAUUAAUGUCCAGCUCUACAUGCACGAUAUUACUGUCCAGCUCUACAUGCACGAUAUUACUAUCCAGCUCUACAUGCACGAUAUUACUAUCCAGCCCUACAUGCACGAUAUUACUGUCCAGCCUCUACAUGCACGAUAUUAAUGUCCAGCUCUACAUGCACGAUAUUAAUGUCCAGCUCUACAUGCACGAUAUUAAUGUCCAGCUCUACAUGCACGAUAUUAAUGUCCAGCUCUACAUGCACGAUAUCAAUGUCCAGCUCUACAUGCACGAUAUCAAUGUCCAGUUCUACAUGCCCGAUAUUAAUAUCCAGCUCUACAUGCACAGUACUGAUAUCCAGCUCUAGAUGUAUUUUAUGCAUACACAUUGGUCUGUACUGUGAUUGUAUAUGGUCUGUUUAUAAUCACUCCUCUUAGAUACAACUCUAGAUGUAUCAUGGAAGUCAGGGUGUUCUGUGUUUUACAUUUAUAAUUCUGUAAUUCAGUUCUAAAUGCACUAUUGUUGAUAGCCAUGUAAGCCUAAAUCCGCAGUCAGGGUUUUCCACUAAACCAUGAAUUGUGGAAAAUUGCCAAGCAACCUUCAAUUUUUUUUGUUGAAAAUAGCAAAGCUACAAAAAAUAGCAGAGUUGCAAAUUUUUCCCCAGUUUGUCUGUUUUGGCAAUUAGAGAGUAACAGUGUUAGCAUCUAUUCCUCCCCUCCUGUGCUAAAACACUAGAUGCACAAUAGUUCUACUAUUAUUUCUGUUACUCCUUUUAGAUGUGCAUAAUGGAUGUUCUGUAUAAAAGGCGUUUUAAAAAAUGCAGCAGAUUUGGAAAAGUGUUUCCAUGGUGACUGCCCCAUGUUUAGACCACUUUUCAGAACCACACACUUCACUACAGGUCAUAGAGAAAAGAAUGUACUGUAUAUAUGUAUAAAUGUGUAUAUAACAUUUUUUUUCCUUCCAUUGUGUAAUGAAACCAUUUAUGCAAUAUGUGAUAUUUUAAAAGUUCUAAAGAUGGAACUAUCAGUUGUUACAUUUCACACGUUUCCAUGAUACUAUCAGCACUUUAAGACUGUUACCCACCAAUUUCCCAGUACCUCACAGAGCGAUAUUCUUCAGCUCAAAUUUUAACUUUUUAUUUUUUUAUUUCUCCACCUGUGUUACAGUUGGAUGAUUGGGGUUUAUGUGUAUUAUUCACUCUAUUUGUUUAAUGUUUUUCAGGGUUAUUAUUUAAAGUGAGAAUUACCAAGAAUUUAAAGUGAUUUCAAAAUAAAUUUCAAAAUGUAUUCCAAAAUGCAAUAAUUCUCAAAGUCAGUUCUGUGUUCAGUUUAUCGCUUUUGGAUUUAAAUUUGGAAAUCACAUUGAAUUAUUUGCUGUUCCCAGUUGAUUCAAAAAACUCUGUAUGUAUGUUUUGUUGCCAUUCCUUCUUUUAUUUAAUACCCCUUUAGAUACAAUGGGGGAUAUGAAGAAUGAAAAUGUUCUAAAAGUAGAACAUUUUGUAGGACCAUGCAUUCCAUUGUGAAUGCUCUACUCUGGUUUUUGUAAAUUCAGUAAUAUUCCAUUGGUUUCCUUGGUGAUUGCUCUUCUUUUAGAGUUUUCCUCCACUAAUUAGUCUGUAUAUACAACCAAACUAUUUAUAUUCCUUUAUGUCUCUUCACACAGGGUCCUAUGUAUAUUCAACUGUAAAUGUAAAUAAUACAUUAACCUGAGAAAGAUUCACUAAACUGAGAAAUGUGAGACACCAAGCCGUGUUGGCCAUAACAAGUUUUGAGUUUUUUCAGUUUAACACAUAGAGCAAAAAUUCCCUAAAUGCUCGUCGUUAAGUUUGUGAACCUCCACAUUACAAAAGGUGAAAGGCUGUACAAAUCAUUCCACCAAAAACACCAUCCUUAGCUGUUCAGAUUAGCCAGCUUACUUGUAGAUUGUAAGAUUCCAAACAAGGUUUUUGAAAUCUACUGUGUUUUAAAACAGUUUUGUUUGUUUUUGUUUAUUAUGCCUAUUAAUAAAUGUAUCCAUUCACUAAAAAAAAUUAAUAACUUUCCCAGGUAUCAAACAUGAUGGAACAAUGUGUGACACCUGCCGCCAGCAACCGAUUAUUGGAAUACGCUGGAAAUGUGCAGAAUGUACAAAUUAUGACCUGUGCACUGUAUGCUAUCAUGGAGACAAACACCAUUUAAGACAUCGCUUUUACAGAAUCACAACGCCUGGAAGUGAACGGUGAGAGAAAUAUCUGAAUCGGCUUUGAUCAUUUCUAAACAGGCAAAUAUGCCAUUAAGUUGUUUCCAUUCUAGAAACCUUAAGCUUAUACACAAGAAUACAAGCAUUUGUGUACAACCUUUUAUGAAGCCAUUGGAGAAUGGCAACUGUUGGCCAGACAAAUGAGCGGCUUAAUUUUUGUUAGGAAAUGGAUAGCUAUUUUCAUAUACUAGAGGAUUAGCGUACUGCAUUACUGUGCAGCCUGAUUUUUGUGCUUGUUCUUUAGUGGAAACGUACCAAAUGUCAAUCUGUCUGGAAUUUUGCACUCCAAAAAUUUUAGUUUUUUGUGAUUCUGUUGCUAUUAUGAUAACAGGCUUUUGUUAAAAUAAAGUCUUGUUGAAGCUAUUGUUGUGAUGCUACAAGAUUGGUUGUUAAAGGAACACUAUAUUGUCAUAGUCUUUACACCCCACUCUCCCUCAUAUGUUAAAAAAAAAAAAAAAAGUUUUAACUUGCCUUUUAUUUUAUUUUCUUAUUUUUCCUCCAUCGAAACUCACUUGGUGCUGCCGGUAACUCCUCUUUCUGUUAUUUCUUACUGCAGACUCAUAGAGAAACCUUCCGGACAAUAUGCACAAGAUUCCAUAUGAGCUGCAUUAGAUGACAUUCGACAUCCUCAUGCAAUUCGUGAGAAUGUCAAACGUCACAUAGAGUAAAACUCUGUUAUGAGUGUGGAUGGGGGAGGAAUGCUAUUUGCACCAAAGCUGAAUAAGUGGUUUUAAUUUAUAGAUCAUGCCCGUGCAGUCUCACUGCUAAAUUCACUGCCAUUUAGGAGUUAUAUCACUUUGUUUAUGCAGACUUAGCUACACAUUUCCUGGCUGUAAUUCACACACUCCCUGCACACUUCCUGGAAAAUAGUUUAAAUUCUUUAGAUUCCCUUAUUGCAUAAAGUGUUUAAAGUGCUACUACAAAAGAGAAACGGUGUUAAAUAAAGACAUGAUUUUGGUCAGUGUAACCUUUCCUAUCUGCCACCCCAAAGCUAUUUUAGCUUCAGGAGAUCCUGUAAUAUAUUUUAUAGGACAGAUGAACAACUUUGAAGAUAAACAGGCGAUUUAAAAAUAGAUGAACUAUUUAAAACCAAAACUAAUUUCCUAGUUAGAAUUUUCGGCCAAUUUGCAGUUCAAAUUCAAAUCAUUAUCUUUAUUCAGAAAGUAUGCAUAUGAAAAUAAACUAAUGAGCCUGUCUACUUUAAAAAUCAAAUUUCCUAGUGAAGUAUACAGUUUGAACUUUUAAAAGGGUUAUUUUAUAUUUGACCUUAUUUUAAAGAAUCACUGUCUCUUUAAGGGUUCUCUUGGAGUCUCGUCGCAAAUCAAAAAAGAUUACUGCCAGAGGAAUCUUUGCAGGUGCUCGAGUGGUCCGUGGAGUAGAUUGGCAAUGGGAAGACCAAGAUGGUGGUAAUGGCAGAAGAGGGAAGGUAGGAAUCUGGUUGUAUUUUUUUUUUAAUACUUGUUUACAUUGUAGUUGUUUUCUGCCCACACUGUAGUAUACUGUGUUUUAAUCUCAGACUGUGCAAAAAGAAAACCGAUGUAGAUGACACUGUUUUCAGUGUGUUCUUUAACUGCUAGGUAAACUGUUAUCCCUAGAAUUAUAAAACUGUUAGGAUUAAACAAUGCUUUAAACCCCUUGUUUCUGGUUUCCUGCCUGAAUGAGGAUUGUGAUGAAAAUAUUCAUGCCAGUAACAGAGAGGAAAUGCCAAUGGUAUUGGUGGAUUUGCCAGUCUCUGACUGCAGCUAUUUUGUCUCGUUACAACUUAACUUUUCUUGAAUCCUGCCUCUUUUAGUUUUUCACGAUUUCAGAUAAAAGAAAGCAGCUAGUGCUCGGACUAGCUAAACUGUACAUAGAACAUAGAAACAUAGAAACAUAGAAUGUGACGGCAGAUAAGAACCAUUCGGUCCAUCUAGUCUGCCCAAUUUUCUAAAAACUUUCAUUAGUCCCUAGCCUUAUGCCUAUCCCAGGCAUGCUUAAACUCCUUUACUGUGUUAACCUCUACCACUUCAGCUGGAAGGCUAUUCCAUGCAUCCACUACCCUCUCAGUAAAGUAAUACUUCCUGAUAUUAUUUUUAAACCUUUGUCCCUCUAAUUUAAGACUAUGUCCUCUUGUUGUGGUAGUUUUUCUUCUUUUAAAUAUAGUCUCCUCCUUUACUGUGUUGAUUCCCUUUAUAUAUUUAAAUGUUUCUAUCAUAUCCCCCCUGUCUCGUCUUUCCUCCAAGCUAUACAUGUUAAGAUCCUUUAACCUUUCCUGGUAAGUUUUAUCCCGCAAUCCAUGAACCAGUUUAGUAGCCCUUCUCUGAACCCUCUCUAAGGUAUCAAUAUCCUUCUGAAGAUACGGUCUCCAGUACUGUGUACAAUACUCCAAGUGAGGUCUCACCAGUGUUCUGUACAAUGGCAUGAGCACUUCCCUCUUUCUACUGCUAAUACCUCUCCCUAUACAACCAAGCAUUCUGCUAGCAUUUCCUGCUGCUCUAUUACAUUGUCUGCCUACCUUUAAGUCAUCAGAAAUAAUCACCCCUAAAUCCCUUUCCUCAUAUGUUGAGGUUAGGACUCUAUCAAAUAUUCUGUACUCUGCCCUUGGGUUUUUACGUCCAAGAUGCAUUAUCUUGCACUUAUCCACAUUAAAUGUCAGUUGCCACAAUUCUGACCAUUUUUCUAGUUUACCUAAAUCAUUUGUCAUUUGGCUUAUCCCUCCUGGAACAUCAACCCUGUUACAUAUCUUAGUAUCAUCAGCAAAAAGACAUACCUUACCAUCAAGACCUUCUGCAAUAUCACUAAUAAAAAUAUUAAAGAGAAUGGGUCCAAGUACAGAUCCCUGAGGUACCCCACUGGUGACAAGUCCAAGCUUCGAAUAUAUUCCAUUAACUACAACCCUCUGUUGCCUGUCACUCAGCCACUGCCUUACCCAUUCAACAAUAUUUGAAUCCAAACUUAAAGAUUGCAGUUUAUUGAUAAGCCUUCUAUGUGCAACAGUGUCAAAAGCCUUACUGAAAUCUAGGUAAGCAAUGUCUACUGCACCACCCUGAUCUAUAGUUUUAGUUACCCAAUCAAAAAAAUCAAUAAGAUUAGUUUGGCAUGAUCUCCCUGAAGUAAACCCAUGUUGUCUCUGAUCUUGAAAUCCAUGUGUUUUUAGAUGUUCAUCAAUCCUAUCCUUUAACAUGGUUUCCAUCACUUUCCCCACUACUGAAGUAAGGCUUACUUAGUGUUGUUUUAGAGAUUGUCUGUGUUGGAGUGACUCACAUUUAAUAAACCACACAUGGCACAAAAGACACGUACAGACAUUUAUUUUCCAUUAUCAGUUAACAAUUCCUGUAAUCUUUGUAGCACAGGACAGGAAAUACCUUUUAGUCCUUACCACACUCAUACAUUUCCUAUCAAACACACAGUCCAUCUCACACACGACACACAUGCAUUACCAAUUAAACCUGAUGCUGUCCAAUGCUGAACCCAUCACACACGUGAAACUGCUAUUACAUCACCUUUACACAGCUCAUUUUUAAAGAGCACUAAAGUGAUCCUGUCCGUUUAACCCUGUAAAAUAAAACGUUGCAGUUUUAUUUUUGUUUACAUUACUUGAUUAAAGGGACACUACACUGCCCAAAUACAAAAUAAAUAAAAUUCACUGUAUGAACACAUGCAUGCAUUUAAUUAUGUAUUUUUUCAAUGGGGAUGUAACCCUUUAAACAAGCCUCUAGGCAGGCAUAGGCAACCAUCGGCACUACAGCUCCCAUGAUUCUUUGCCAGCAUUAUGGGGGAUGUAGUCCACAACAUCUGGAGUGCCGAAUGUUGCCUAUCCCUAUUGUUAUGAUACUAAUAAUAGAACUGCAUUGGUCCUUAAAAGGGACACUUUAGGCCCCAUAACCACUCGUUGACUUCUUUUUCACAAACUUGCUUUGAAAAGGUAAGUUUCUUUCCAAGCCAGUUUUGUGACACGGGGGGGGGGGGUUCAGAUGGCUGGAAGCAUCAUCUGACCGUUCUGCCUGGCGGCACUCAACGCUUCCUGAAACAGAAAUUUCAGAAGCUGGGUGCCGCCUGGGAGAAGUUGAGAUCUGCGCUGGAGGCAACUUUGUGGUUAAACAGUUCGAGAAUGAAUUAACCCCUUGAGAUAAGAGUGUGCCCGGGGGCCUUCUGGCACCAUAAACAACUCAAUUUAGAUUUUUUUUUUUUUUUAAAUAAAAUAAAACCUAAAUCUAUCAAAAAUAACUAUUUUGUUGAUUUACCCCUAUGAAAACAUGCUAUUAAUUUAAUUAUGCAUUUUUAAAAUUCAUAUCUAAAAACAGUUUGCAAAAAGUUUGUUUCUUUUUCUCUUUCUUUUCAUCUCAAACUGUUAAACUAAAAUAUUUUAUAGCUUUGCCUAUGUAAACAAAACAUGAUAAAUAUUUUUCUCAUUUGACUCAAAAUCAAAUGUGCUUUUUUUUCCUACAUGUUGAUAGAAGGCAAUGAAUUGCGCAGCCUCUCUUUGCCAAGCUACUGUACAUGCUCCUAAUAUCACUAACAAGAACCAGAGACUUUUUGGAAGAACCACCUAACCACAUGAAACUGUCAGGAAAUGCGUUUGCCUCUGUUUCUGAGUAUUUAUGAAAGCAUGUGCUACCUCUGCAGUUGGUAAUAAAACAACAAUAAUAUAUUAAAUGUGUGUCUUGUAAACAAAACCUUGGAAUGAAUCCAUUAAAGGAACAGUAUACCGUUAGGAAUACAAAUAUGUAUUCCUAACGCUAUAGAGCCCUAGUCUCCUUUUAGGUAACUAAGACCCCGUUCCGCAGCGCAUAAAUGGUUAAUUAACCAUUUAUUUGCUUACCUUAAUCCACCGCCGGGCUCCCUCUGCACUGGUGACCUCUCCUCCAUCGACGUCAGCUUCCGAGUGGAGCCGAAUGCGCCUGCGCGGCCAGAGGUGAGCACGCAUUCAAACCUGCCCAUAGGAAAGCAUUACUCAAUGCUUUCCUAUGGGGUUCUUUUUGGACGUUGGACUCCAUGAGGACGUCCAGCGUAAAAUAAGUGCAAAUUACUCAGUGUAAAUUGCGUUAGUGGCUGUUAGGGAGACAGCCAUUAGAGGCUGGAUUAACCCUCAAUGUAAACAUAGCAGUUUCUCUUAAACUACUUUGUUUUCAUCUGCAGGGUUAAAACUAGGGGGACUUGGCACACAGACCACUUCAUUGAGCUGAAGUGGUCUGGGUGCCUAUAGUGAUCAUUUAAGUCUACAGAAUUAAGAAAAUGUAGAAUAUAUUUAGGUAAAAGACUUUGACUGAAAUAUUGAGGGGAUCUUUAUCAAUUACAUUGUUGCUUUUAACUCUUUAGGAAAUUUUUUAAUAUGUAAUUAUUAUUUCAUCUUAGUCAAUGCAAAAAAAGGUAAAUUAUUAAAAUUAGAAUGUUUGUUUCCUUUUUAAUUACAAUUAGGUAACGGAGAUCCAAGAUUGGAGUGCAUCAAGCCCACACAGCGCUGCGUAUGUUUUAUGGGACAAUGGAGCAAAGAAUCUUUAUCGAGUUGGAUUUGAAGGCAUGGUAAGCAGCUCUGGAUGACAAUGGGGGCUACCAACUGUGAAGGCGGGAAGGUCCAAAUGAGUGCUUUCUUUUGAUAUUUCUUUCUGUCCGUGCCUUUGUGCUGUCUGCCUGCCGGCAUUGACGGUUAGAGGAGAUCCCUUUUGUGGAUAGAUCAGAGGCAAAUGUGCGUGUGCAUUACUGUGAAAUCUGUGUAUUUGCAUCUCAUUUAACUUAAUGGAUGUUAAAUUAGAAUGAAAACACAUCAUGGAACCUAAUGUUAAGGUUUUUUUCAAGCAUUUUGAGCUGUUGUGGAAAUGGUUUUGUUAUAGGUGAAUUUUAGGUAAAUAGGGAUGCAAUUCUCUACUUGCUAUUUUUUUUAUUAUUUAUUUAAUUUUUGGUUUUGUAAUUCUUCAUCUUAAUUGCAGUUAAUAUAAAAUAGCACAUUAAAAGGAUGCUAUAUAUAAACUCUGAGGCACAUUCUUUUGUUUUCUCUUUAUGCAACAAGAAGUGUGCUUUUUGUUGCAGACACGAGGCUGCCUUUCAUCUGUUGCCAUCUGUGCUCUUUAUUGUCAGUGAUCUGUGAUUUGAAUUCCAACUCUCUUUUCUGAUUGGCUGAAUCCACAUAUUGAAUUUCAAAUGGUCCAGUUACAUUGUUCUUGUUUUUGCUGCAGUUUAAAUCACCUGCUAUCUUUUAAAUGUAUGGUUUGUUGCAGACAAAAAAAAAAACAUUCUAGGAAAUUGCAGUACUAUGAUUUAAACUUAAUGGAAACACAGAAACAUUAAUACAAUAAAAAGUAACAAAAACAUAGUAUUGUAAAAUGAGCCAUAAUCUUAUGUGCCCUUCUUUAGAAUGCAAAACUGAAGGAAUUUUGUAGUCCUUUAAUAUUUUUUUCCAGUCUGUCAACAUUACAUUGGGUGCUUUUGUCCUUUGAUCUGUGCAACCAAGUGAUAUGAUUGCUUAUUUAUGUUGAAGUCUGCUUUCUGAGGUUACCUGUCUCUGUAUUUAAAGUUACUAGAUGCUGAAUAAAGUAGGCAAUGUAAUACAGCUAAUCAUUGUCAGUGAGAAAUAAAGAAACCCCUUUACUCAUUUUGAAGCCGCUUCCGUAGAAUUCUUCAUGUGGGAGGAAGACUCUCUAUCUUUUUUUUUUGGUAUGAUAAUCACACUCCACAAACACAUUUAUGUCUGACUUAAAGCAAGUGUCUAAAGAUGGGACACCUCAACAAGGUGGAUGUUGUUGUCCUGCUGAAUGUUCACUUUUUCUUCAGUCUGUAAUUUUCUUAAAGGUACACCAUAAUGCUUCAAGAAUUUUAUACAUCUGUAUUGUUUUAUCAAAUUCUUAUUCUGACCUAUUGCCAUUUAAACAUUAAAACAAUUUAAAAAAUUUUAUACAAGUUGCAAACUUUUCCACCAUAUAUCUCUGUAAACCUAUCUAUCUUGCUCCAGUAUUAUUGAAUCUAAUUUAUCAAUAAAAGGUAUAUUACCUUUGUGUAAAAUCUGAACCAGCAUGCCAACGUAAUUGGCAAGCAGUGCUUUUAAUUCAUUAACACAGCCACACAAUACAUUGAAACAAUCAAGUAAGAAUAACAAUGAUCUUAAUUACUGAACCAAAACAAUUUGCUAUCCCAACCCCAGACCCCUGGGAACCAGUGCAUACUAAUUUAGAGUUCCCAAAAAUAAUUACUGCACCAAAUGCUUAGAGAAUGCCUGAAUACAAAAGAUAACCAAUGCAAGCAAGAUGUUUUUUUUAUUCAGCAUCAAACUGGGAUGUAAUUUUAAAGUUAUUUAAACAUAAAAAUAUUUUUCUAAUACUCUUCAGAAAACAAUUCAUAUCUAGAGGUUUUGAAUACUUCCUGUUCGUCUUUUUAUAAAGUAGCAUCAGGAAACAUGCUAGGAUUUUUUGCUGGCAUUGCAGAGUAUUCUGUUUCCUAGUACAAAAUCCACUGGUAGAGUAAGAAAUCACUGCUGUAGUUUCACUCCGUUCCAUGUAAUUUAUGAAUUAUAAUGACUCUUGAUCAGAGCUUAACUCUCCUUUUUUUUUUUUUUUAUGUCUUGUUAGAAGUAUAAAGCUUAAAAGGGUAAAAAUUAGAUGUGGCAACAUGAGCCUCAUUUAAAAUAAAUAAAUCAAACCACAAAACAUGAAGUUUUCACCCAGCUCUCAAUGUUCCAUUUUAAAUCCAUUUACCACAUGUAAUGUGUGUUUUGCAGUCUGACCUUAAAUGUGUGCAAGACGCUAAAGGAGGGUCAUUUUACCGAGAUCAUUGCCCUGUGUUAGGUAAGUUGUAUAUUGUUGUUUUGGUUUUUAUUUUUCUUCUUCUGUUUUCCAACAAACAUUGAUUUAAUAGUGUGUGUACAGAGCUAGCGGCAAGUCUAUAAAUGUAUUUUUUUGUGUUAACUUGGAUCUUCACAAAAGACUGUUUGGAUGUGCUAAAUGAAUUACUUCAUUGUUCUGCCCAGACGUUUUCAGUGCUGCUGCUUUCAUAGCCCUGUUGUGUCUCUCAGUUGAAAGGGCACAGGAAUAUAGAUGUAGACUGGAGAUUAUUUAUAUCACUAAAUGUAUUAACAUUAUACCUGCUGUCCUAACAGCUUCUUCAAGUGCAUAUUUCACAACUUUAAAAAUCUCUUACUAUAAUUGCUAAAUAUUAAGUGCAUGUGAAACUAUCAUUUUAUACAAUAAGCACCAUCAAUACAAAUUAUUUAUUUUUUAAAUCUAUCAAAUACAACCAACCUCUAUAUUACAUUGGCAUGUAGUGGUUAUGCUGACAACUACAAUAUCUAAUGAUACAAUAGUGUUUGCAAAAAACAAAAAGAUGUGCUUAUUGGAUAGGGGGUUAGGCUGCAUGUGCUGUUCUUCGAUUCUUGGUCUAUACAUUUUCAAGUGAUUAAAUAAAAAUCAGGGUUUAAUUGCCCAGCCCCCUGUACUUCUCUUGCUAAGGCAGAGUUAUUUUACUGUCUUAGUCAAGGGUCCUCAAACUCUGUCCCCCCAUAUGUUGCUGAACUACAACUCUCAUGAUUCUGGCUAUCUAUGUAAUUCAAAGAAUCAUGGGAGUUGUAGUUCAGCAACAUCUGUGGGGCCGGAGUUUGAGGACCCCUGGCCUUAGUCAUGUCUGUUUCAGGGAUAUUCUAAAGCUGUUCAUUGACUGAGCUGGUCAGUUGAUGCUUAUACAGUUUGACCUAAGUAGUUAUGGUUAUUGUGCAUGGGCUUACAGUUAUUUGGGCAUAAGUCUCACCAAACAUGGCACAGCAGUAUCUCCUAGUCAACGCAAAACUGCCCAGUGUGGGUAAACUUACAAAAGUCUGAGAAACUUUAUGGUGAGACUUAUGUUAAAGGGACACUCAACUGCCCAAAUACAAAUAAAAUUCACUGUUUAAUAGAUUGGGGAAUAUAUAAAAAACUGAUUUCAAACUCUGCAUUUCUCUUGUUUACUGCCUUUGCAAACCUUCCAACUCCACCCAUUCUUUCUGUGGCUGUCCAAUCACUGACUUCCCAAUGCAGCUCAAUGAGAAAUCUUUGCAAGGCAGGUGCUCUGGGCUAUUGCUGCCUCUUGAGUUUAGCUACACUGAGCUAAUUAGACGAGGAAGUAAAAUGACUUGUUGUCUUAUUAAAACCCAGGGGUUAGUAAUCAGGUUAAUUUAUAAAAGUGUCAAUUUCAAUUGAAAUCUUUUUAUAAUAAAAAUAAUAACUCUGCACACAUAAAGCUUAUCAGCAAGCCAAAGUGCUUUAGGGGUCUGAAUUUCCCUUUAAUGCUGCACUCUGCAUUUAAGGCAUUUUAGCAAAGUAUACUUAAUAUAAUUUGCAAUUUACAAGACACCUUAAGAAAAAGAAAAAGCUUAUUAUGGCGGUUAUUUUGAAAGAUACAAUGCAUGGAGCCCCUCAAGUUCUUGUCAAUCCAUUUUUAUAAAUGGUUUGACAAACAUUUUAGGAUUUAUCGGCACACCAUUAGCCGACCCUCUUUUUUUGAGACAAUGUAGCCUUUUAGCACCAUAACCAGAAAGGCUGCACUGGAUUUGCACGCAGACUCCCUGUAAUACAUAAUUACAAAAAAAUUCCAUGUUGCCAAAGCAAUAAAUGCGAAUUUAAAAAAAUUGUUACAGGAUGCCAUAUACCAGUGGCAGGAAAAAUAAAUUGGCCAUGACAUCUUGGCUCCAAUUUUUGAGUUUCAUGCACUUUUCGUAAGUAUGUUUUAACUAAAGGCAGUUGUUGCCAUGAUUAUUUUUGCGAGUGUUCAUUUGUUCUGGAUUUUUUUUUUUUCCUUCAAAAGCAGUGAUGUUUUUCUUCAUCUACAACCCUUGGCAAGCGACCUUCUAAUGAUCACAUUUAUUUCCCUGUUUUUGUGAUUUCAGACAUUUGUUUUAUUAAUAGUUCACAAGGGUGAAUUGCACGGUUCAAAUUUAAGUUUUGUGUUCCAAGAGACACUGUGGGCACUGUAUCUGCUUCAUUUCAUUGAACUGGGUAUCGUGUCUUCACUCCCCUGGUGCUGUUUUUUCAUUCAGCAUUAAACCGUUUUUAGUGGAUUUAUGUUUUAAGGAGUCCCCAGCAUGUCAUGAUUGAGCUAGUGUAAGAAUUAGCCUAAGCAACAUUGAGCAGCUGUGAUUGGCUGAGCGUGUCAGCUGACUGCUUAUAGCUUAUCAGAGUGCCCAUUGUCGGUAUGAAUGGGUAUGGCAACAAGGAAGUGUGUAAUUUCUGCUUUAGCCACAACUCCAAUAGGGGCCGAACUGUGGGUGGCCGGGAACCUUUAUUUAGUGUAAAACUUCUUGAAAAUGGUUUAUCACUGAAUGAAGGGACAGUGCCAGGGAAUCCAGGCACUAUAACCAAUUCACACAGAUACAGUGUCUUUUUAAGUUUUAGAUAUUCCCUACAUGGAGUAAGAGGUUCCCUAAAGUAGAUUCCUUAGCUGUUGCUAGAGCAUCAUGAUUGUUGUAGUUCUGCAACAGCUGAGAACCUACCUUUUAGGUUCCACUGGUAAGUGUGUAUAUUUUAAUUUCAUUUUUGUAUCGAUGUGAAGCUUUCUUUGUCAUCUAUAUCAUUUGCAUGACAGGUUGAAUUUUUGAAGUACAUUUAUUUUAAGUAAUGUUUAGUUUAGAAUGCUAAAUAUUUAUUUUUUUCGUACCAUGGUUUUUUUUUUUUCUUCAUAGGGGAACAAAAUGGUAAUCGUAACCCAGGUGGUCUUUCAAUUGGCGACCUAGUUAAUAUUGACCUGGAGUUGGAGAUUGUGCAAUCAUUGCAGCAUGGUCAUGGAGGAUGGACUGAUGGCAUGUUUGAAACACUGACGACCACUGGCACAGUUUGUGGCAUUGAUGAAGACCAUGAUAUUGUGGUGCAGUACCCCAGUGGAAAUAGGUGUGUUAAGUUACAAUUGCCUUUACAUUGUACAUGUUCCAUUAUAUGCUGGUAAGCAUGUCAGAAUUUUAACUUAAAAUGUCAUUAUCCUCAACCAAACUGUAAAAACCAAACCAGUGAUAUUCUGAGGACCUUAAAACGUUCAUAGUAAUAGAAGCUCAGAAUGGUUUUAUAGCCUCACUCGGCUCUGUGAUAGUUUAAAGAGAUCUUUCAGGCAGCAAGUGAAAAUUGAGAAUGCUAAUUUUCUGUAAAGAUGGAAGAAUUCCCAAUAUCCAUUUUACAGUGGGAAGUGAAAAAGAAUGAACAGAUACAUUUUACAUCUGCAGGUGAUUUCUCAGUGUUGCCUUGAUCCCCUGUCAGAGAGCGUUAUCCGAAAAAUGUAUUCUUGGGUGGUUUAAAAAUCCGUUCCAGUAUAUUAAAAAAUGUUUUUACUUUUACAUUUUAAAUUUUUACUUUUAAAAAUUUUAAAAGUAGUUUGAAAAGUUUUUUUCUAUCUUUUUGUGUAUAUUCUGACAGAUAUAUGCCCCACUAAAAAUACUAUGUGAAUAGUCUGAGAUUAUUCUGCCUCACUUUCCAAGCCAAGAUAGAAGUUGUUUAAGUGAACACCAGAAACAAAUGUAUUUUUCUGGUGUAAAAAGAAAAGUGUAUGUAUUAAUAAAUGGAAUUCAUUACACAAAUGGCAAGAAAAGAAAAAAAGUGACAAAGUGGCAAAAAUAACAAAUGGUUUAAUUCACUGCAGAAAAAAAAAAAUGCAGAUGAUUCAGCAACACUUUGAUAAAUGUCCCUUUAUGAUUUCAGUUAGUUAUUAUUUUCAUUUGCGACCUAGAUUUUUUUUAUCGGAACUGUCAAAUAACCGAAAGUGGGCGCUGCAGUUUUUUUUUUUUUGCUUGUAAUGAUUCUUACACAUCCAGUGCAACUGAUUAAAAAAAGAACUAAAAAUAGAUUCAAAUAGUAGUCCUCAUUGUUAAAUGACUAGUGUGUUUUGGAUCUAAAUAACAUUUUGAUAAUUAACUCUACCCCUAUUCCAACCACCACUCUUAAGACUAUACCAACCCUUACCAAAUGCUUACACAAACUCUACCCUAGUCUAAGUGACUCUUUCUUUGUUUCUCUUUCUUCUCUAAUCUAACCCUUAACCCUACACUGUCUUUAACAGCAUUAACCCAUACCUAACCCUUUAGCUAACCCUACCCUACUCUGACACCAAAGUUUAACCCUAACACUAAGGUAACCCACUGCUAAUAUUUAUUCUGAUGUUAGAAAUGGGUUUUGCUGUAUUUAAAGGGACACUGUAGGCACCCAGACCACUUCAGCUCAUUGAAGUGGUCUGGGUGCCAUGUCCCUUAACGCUACUGUGGUAAUUAUUGCAGUUUCUGAGAAACUGCAAUAAUUACGUCCGAGGGUUAACUCCACCUCUAGUGACUGUCUACAAGACAGCCACUAGAGGGACUUUCUGAAUUGAAACGGACCUUUGGUCAGUUAUCUGACGCUGGAUGUCCUCACGCUCUGCAUGAGGACUUCCAGCGUCAGAUUUUUCCCCAUAAGAAAGCAUUGAAUAAUGCUUUCCUAUGUAGAAAUCCUAAUGCAAGCACAGCUAUUGCCACUCAUACGCACUAGGUCGCGGGGGAGGAGCGUGGGCGGUGCCUGACCCAGCACCGAGGGACAUCAGCGCUGGAUUCAGGUAAGUAACUGAAUGGGUUUUAAGGGGGUGGGGGCGCAUGAGGGUGUAGGGCACUAGUACUCUAUAGUGCCAGGAAAAUGGCUUUGUUUUCUUGGCACUCUAGAAUCCUUUUAACACAGUAGAUGGUGGUAUGUUGCCACCAUCUACUGGCCGUUUUCAGAAUUACACUUACUGUAAUUCUAAAUAGAGCUCUGGUCCCAUAUAUAGGGAUCAAUGCUGGGCUGCUGGCAAAGCCCAGCACCAGUUCCAUUCAGCUAGGGACAAGCUGAUAUCUGGGGUUAGUGGCAUGAACAAGGAUUUAACCCUGUGCACACUAGGAUGUUUACAUAGGGAUACAUUGGGAGGCUAGUGUGCAUUGGCAGCAAAACACUGCACUGUGAUAAUCAAAUGCUCUGUAGUAAUUUGAUCUAUAGCAGAGUUUAACUCAGCUGUGAAUGCAGUGUUUUACAUUGCAGGGUUAAAACUACAGGACCACUGCACCCAGAUAUCUUCAUUGUGAUGAAAUGGUCUGGACAUGUUUGGACUUUUAACAGGACUAUUGCCCUGCUUGACUGAAGCAUUCUCAUGCAGGGCUAAUUGGUUUGGGAUAGUUGGAAUGUUGAAUGGACUUGGUGGUAGGUUUUUGAUUAGUGUACUAUGCACAUCCCUGAUCAAUGGAUUUUUGGGAGUACAUGUUAGGCGGUUAGCAUUACCGUUAAACCUUGUUUUAAAUUAAAUGUAAUUUCUCACAAUUCUGUUACAAUUGCUUUAAAGGAUCACUAUAGGGUCAGGAACACAAACAUGUAUUCCUCACCCUCUAGUGUUAAAACCACCACGCAACCCCCCUGGGCCCCUCAUGCCUCCAUAAAUAUAGUAAAAAUCUUACUGUAUUCAAGCCUGAAGCUGUAACUCUGCAUGCUGUUAGAAUCAGAAAAACAAGCAGUCUGCUGACAUCAUUAGAAGUGGUGGCCUGAUCUAAUCACAGUGCUUCCCCUUAGGAUUGGCUGAGACUGGAGGCAGAUCAUGGGCAGAGCCAGCAUGAUUCAAACACAGCCCUGGCCAAUCAGCAUCUCCUCAUAGAGAUGAAUUGAAUCAAUGAAUCUCUAUGUGGAAAGUUCAGUGUCUGCAUUCAGAGGAUGGAGACUCUGAAUGUUUGGAUGCAUUUUAGGCAGCCAUGACCCAAGAAGAAUAUCUAACAGCCAUCUAAGGAGUGGCUGGUGAAGUUAUCACUAGGCUGUAAUGUAAACACUGCCUUUUCUCUGAAAAGAGGUAAUUAUUCUACUCACCAGAACAAAUGCAAUAAGCUGUAGUCUUUCUGGUGACUGUAGUGUCCCUUUGACAGCUGCUAUCCUUCUGAUAUCUGUUAAACCUGUAUUUACAUAAUCACUUUAACUUGCAGUUACAUUUAGAAAACUACAUGUGUUUGAUUAUUUUUGAGCUGGCUGGAGUUUCUGUACUAUAUAACUAGUAUGAAUACUUUGAAGCUUUAUAAGAACGUUAGCUUACCAGUGGCUAUAGUACUUGGAGGCACUAUGGGUUGUCCCUCUAAUUUUUGUUAAACUGUAUAUGCGAGAUUUUGGAAAGACCCACCACAUCUGCUAGAGACAUCAUAAUAAGUACACUUUGUUAUCAUAUGUCCAUAAUAUUGUAUAUCUUUGUACUUAGAUGUUACUCCAGUGAGAUACCUCAGUGAGCUAAUGCUUCACCAUUAGAAUCUUGGGGUUCGCAGGUUCAACUCCCGACGGGUUUGACUCAGCCCUUCAUCCUUCCGUGGUAGAUAAAAUAAAAAUUUACUCAAUUAAAUUGGGUAAUAGUAAAAUCCGCUGCAUGUCUGGCAAAAGUUACAUCCGCAGGACGUACUUGGAAACCAGAGAAAUCUAAAUGUACCUUUCCUUCUUAAACACUUUGCUGCUAUUAUGUAAAUUUAUUGCCAGGUAAGAAUUUUUUUUUCAAAUUAAUCAACAAAUAUAAAUCUGUACAAAUAAUAUCAAUAUAAUAUUCUCCUGAAUAGUUGGGAGGGGGGGAAAACUGUCAAUUUUGUAGCAGAAAAUGUAUAGUUUCAAAAGGAAAUCAUUUUUCAUUUCUUUUUCUAUUAUGGUUUUCUUUGCAAUACAAUCUUCAGAAAACCUUGUGUAUAAUUUGUAAUGUUGCAAACAUUUAUAAACUUGUAGGUGGACAUUUAAUCCAGCUGUUCUCACCAAGGCAAACGUUGUUCGAAGUGGGGAUGCUGCGCAAGGCGCUGAAGGAGGAACAUCUCAGUUUCAAGUGGGAGACCUUGUACAGAUAUGUUAUGACUUAGAACGAAUAAAACUGCUUCAACGAGGCCAUGGCGAGUGGGCUGAAGCUAUGCUUCCGGUUAGUAUAGUUAAUAAUUAUUAUUAAUAAAUGUUUCGUUAUAAUUAUAUGUUGUGGAUAGAUGGAAUUAUAGGCACCCUCUAGGCUGUAGUAGACUUGUGCAUUCUAUUGGUAAAUAAUGCAUUACAAAUACAGUCUAAAAAAAAUUUAAACAUUUUGUUGUUGUGGAUUUACAACUAUCUUCAAGCAGAGAGUGCUCCCUGCACUAGACGUCACUUUUACAUGUUAGACAAUUAUACCUAUACCAUUAUUUAUUACUGUAGUAAUGAACAUAUCUCGGGUUGUGGCGGUUAUGGUUCUUGAAAAAAUAUCUCUUAAAAGGAACACUCUAACACAAGGAAAUAGAACUAACCACGAGAAAAACUGUAUGAAACUUAUGAGUAAGCUCAUAGCUGACACUCACUUCAUAGUUUUCAAGAGUUGAGCCAAACAUGUGUGUGACAAUGACUCCAGGUUGAAUCUAAUUCCUUUUAAUGCACACACGAAUUACAUUAAAUCAGACUUCACAUGUAAAUCCUGGAUGGAAGACUUCCAGGUGGGGAUUAAAAGAAUUUUGAUAGACUGGCCUAAACACAUUUUGUACCAGUCUUGGAGCCAUGAGCUGUGAAGGGUGCACAUGUUGCUAUGCUUCGUGGAGUGUUCUAUUAACUAUACUUUUGUACAGGUUUAAUGGAUAGAUAUAGAUGUACCUAACCCUUAAGAAGCAACUAAGUGGGUGAAUUGUGCAAAUGAUGUGGGUCAGUGUGCGAAUAAGCAAUUCUGCUUACUGUUCCUGCUAGGCGUAUCCUGUGAACAUCUGUAUAGCAGCAGAUGAUCUGUAAGUACUCUGCUCCCAGUGAAAAAAGUGGGACACGUAGCUGAUCAUCUGUUUAUUAAUGGGAUAGAUAACAUGGGCGUGGAAUUCCUAUUUCCAGAUGUCUGGGACAUCCAGUUCAGGGCACUGGACAGGCAGAUUGUUUUCUACCUUUAGCCCUGCCAUUGGAAAGUGGCUGGGUUGAUAUGGUGGAGGACACGGAUAUAUAGGAAGCACGAGGUCUGCACCUUCAGCGGUUGCAGAUUACAGUAAAAGCUCCCUUGCAGUCCGAUGCUCAUUAAGAAGAGCGCAGCGGCCAGGAUUCCUAGACUGUACUGUGACUCAGUGAGCACUAAAUCAGGGAGGAGCGAAUACUGUGGUCUGCAGCCCUUGAAGGUGCAGACCGCAUGCUCCCCCAUAGAACCACCAAGGAAUUUUAACCUCCACUGGACCACCAGGGAUCCUAGCCCCUUCCCUUUAGAAAGCUAAGCGGGGUUUGAGCAAACAAAGCACACGUACACAUUAGACCCAACCAGCAAACCAUGCGCAUGCAUUGCACAGCUAUAAACAUCAAACACAUUACACACAGCCAGCGCAGACCACACACACACAUGUACAUUAUGGGGAGCAGAGUCAGGGUUAUUCAAUAAACUCCAGAGUUUUCACAAAUUAAAUCUGAAUGGAAAAACAGAGGCAAAAGUUUCUUAGUUAGUCUUUCCAGAUCUUUUUUUUUUUUUGUCUGUUUUUCCAAGUUGGUUCUCAAAAUAUAACGUUUUGUGAAUAACCCUGUCAAUGUCCAGGGUUGUAGUAGCAACCUGAAAUAUUUAUUUGUGUCUGGACAAGUGAUUUAUCAUGGUGGAGAGGUGAAUUGGGCCACUGAUUUAUUCCUUUAGACAAGUAGAUUUAAAAAAAAAUCUUUUUUACACCUUCGCACGUACUCAUUAAUUUAAGAAGAUGCUUAUUUGCAAACAUCUUGAAGUGAAUCUCUUAGUAAACUUGUAUAUUGUUUAUUUAGUUUUGUGUGUGUAUAGGACUUGUUGACUAAAGGUGCCUGGAGUGUGCCUUCAACUGAAUUUACCCGUGCUGUGAAUUUGUUUCCUUAUUGUCCUUAGUCAUGUAAUAUACAUUCCCAAAGUUAUAUUUGCCAAACUUUACAACUAAAAAUUUUCUACAUCGCUGUUUAAAUAUGACAAAGUUUGCAUCUCUGUAGGAUUAACGUGCAUAUUUUUCCAUGUAUGUUACAACAUUACAUAUUUCCUUAUGUUUAAUGUCAUUUCUACAUAAUGACAUAGUAAUAAAAUGUAAUUGCUGAUAUUUUUGUGUGAUCUAGAAUAGUUAGUUUUUGCUUUCAAGAGGGACUUGUCACCUAUUUUGAUGCCUAUAUCUGGGAUGUAAUGUAAUCAGUUGCACGUGUGAUUGAUAAUCAAUGCUGCCAUUUUUCUCUGAUGCAUUGCACGAGCAUGUGCUGUGUAUAUCACUUUACUGUGAUUUCACGUAUGAACAGUGACAUUUUAAAGGAACGCUAUAAUAUUACAGCACAGUUGGGGGCUCCUGGCAGAUGAAGCACGAGGGGCUGAAGAAAGAAGAUGGAGUACAGCAUGUGGUACUUAUAACUCCCCUAAGCUUUAACCCCUGGGCCACUGCACAUCAAGUAGAGAUGUCAGCGAGAUGUCUACUUGGGAGUCUCUGCAAAAUAUGCAAAGAUACCAGAAGGUGACAGAGCCACUUUAAGGAGGAGGUGCCUCUAGUGAAGGACUCUCUGACAUCCACUAGAGGUUCAUUUGUGGCAAAAUGUAAACAUUCUUAUUUCUUAGAAUUGUUUUACAUGGUCCAAGAAAAGGGGGAGCAUCUAUGCACCAACACCACUACAUUAAAAGCUGUAUUAGCUACUGGUCUGUAGCUAAACAUAACAUUACAAAUUCAAAAAAAUACUUUAUACUCAAGACUUUAAUUGACUUUGUCUGUAUUUGUUUGUAUUUAUGUCUUGCAUCGUUUUAGAGAGUGUUUGUUUUACUCCCCUAUGGUAUGUUAACUGUUCACAUACUCCUGUAUUGUUGCAUACUAUGCAUCUAUGCAUUUCUACUAAAACAUUGAACAAACUUUAAAAGUAUUUUUUUUUCCUUUAACGUUUAGACCUUGGGUAAAGUUGGCCGUGUACAACAGAUCUAUUCCGACAGCGAUUUGAAGGUAGAAGUUUGUGGAACAUCUUGGACGUACAAUCCAGCUGCUGUUUCCAAAGUAGCUUCUGUGGGAUCGGCGAUAAGCAAUGCAACCGGUGGUGGGUUUCUUGGUUUUAUUAUGCUUUCUAAGUGUCUUGUUCAUAUUCACUGUGUUUAAUUCAUAAAUGUGCACACUAGUUUACAUUUUCCUUUGCCUGUGGCCAUAGGAAUGGGUGGAGUGAUGCUUAGAACAGUUAUGUUGACAGUCAGUCAGGGUCAUCAUUUUAGAUUCAGCUUCAUACAAGUGACGUACAUUGUCACUGGGUUGAGUAAGCUUAAAAUGCUUGUUCCGAAGUCUACAUUAUGGAAAAGCAAUGAAGAACAUAUAAGAAACCCACAGUGUUUGCAAGUGAUAACUAGUUAUUUUGAAUGUUGCCAAGCUUUGUGUUUUAUUCCACAGAGAGGUUGUCUCAGCUUUUGAAGAAACUGUUUGAAACGCAAGAAUCGGGCGAUCUUAAUGAAGAACUAGUGAAAGCUGCUGCUAACGGAGAUGUGGCCAAAGUGGAAGAUUUACUCAAGAGACAAGAUGUGGAUGUGAGAUUCUUCACUGUUAAAUUUCCAUCUAAAGAUGUUUGUGCGUUGUGUGUUAGUUAUAUAACUAGUGUUAAAUAUGUGAUUAUACAGUUUAUUUGCUAACCUAAUAAAGGAGCACUCUAUCUCACUGUUUAAGAGCUGCUGUUUGCCACUCAGUGUAUAGAAGGUUUCAAUGUGGAAAGCAUUGUGUGUGUCACUCGGUAUAUAGCGGGAAUCACUGUGCAGAGCAGUAUGUGUGUCACUCAGUAUAUUGUAAGAAUCACUGUGCAGUGUGUGUUUCACUCAGUAUAUAGCGAGAAUCACUGUGAAGAGCAGUGUGUGUUUCACUCUGUAUAUAGCGGGAAUCACUGUGCAGUGCAGUGUGUGUUUCACUCUGUAUAUAGCGGGAAUAACUUUGCAGAGCAGUGUGUUUUUCACUCCGUAUAUAGUAAGAAUCACUGUGAAGAGCAGUGUGUGUUUCACUCCGUAUAUAGCUGGAAUCACUGUGAAGAGCAGUGUGUGUUUCACUCCGUAUAUUGCGGGAAUCGCAGUGCAGUGUGUGUUUCACUCAGUAUAUAGUAAGAAUCACUGUGCAGAGCAGUAUUUGUGUCACUCAGUAUAUUGUAAGAAUCGCAGUGUAGUGUGUGUUUCACUCAGUAUAUAGCGAGAAUUACUGUGAAGAGCAGUGUGUAUUUCACUCCGUAUAUAGCGGGAAUCACUGUGCAGUGCGUGGUUCACUCAGUAUAUAGUAAGAAUCGCAGUGCAGUGUGUGUUUCACUCAGUAUAUAGCUGGAAUCACUGUGCAGCGCAGUGUGUCACUCACUAUAUAGUAAGAAUCACUUUGCAGUGCAGUGUGUGUUUCACUCAGUAUAUAGCUGGAAUCACUGUGCAGUGCAGUGUGUGUUUCACUCUGUAUAUAGCGGGAAUAACUGUGCAGUGCAGUGUGUGUUUCACUCUGUAUAUAGCUGGAAUCACUGUGCAGAGCAGUGUGUGUUUCACUCUGUAUAUAGCGGGAAUCACUGUGCAGUGCAGUGUGUGUUUCACUCUGUAUAUAGCGGGAAUCACUGUGCAGUGUGUGUUUCAUUCAGUAUAUAGCGGGAAUAACUGUGCAGAGCAGUGUGUGUUUCACUCCAUAUAUAGUAAGAAUCACUGUGAAGAGCAGUGUGUGUUUCACUCAGUAUAUAGCUGGAAUCACUGUGAAGAGCAAUGUGUGUUUCACUCCGUAUAUUGCGGGAAUCGCAGUGCAGUGUGUGUUUCACUCAGUAUAUAGUAAGAAUCACUGUGCAGAGCAGUAUUUGUGUCACUCAGUAUAUUGUAAGAAUCGCAGUGUAGUGUGUGUUUCACUCAGUAUAUAGCGAGAAUUACUGUGAAGAGCAGUGUGUAUUUCACUCCGUAUAUAGCGGGAAUCACUGUGCAGUGCGUGGUUCACUCAGUAUAUAGUAAGAAUCGCAGUGCAGUGUGUGUUUCACUCAGUAUAUAGCUGGAAUCACUGUGCAGUGCAGUGUGUGUUUCACUCUGUAUAUAGCAGGAAUCACUGUGCAGUGCAGUGUGUUUUUCACUCUGUAUAUAGCGGGAAUAACUGUGCAGUGCAGUGUGUGUUUCACUCUGUAUAUAGCUGGAAUCACUGUGCAGAGCAGUGUGUGUUUCACUCAGUAUAUAGCUGGAAUCACUGUGCAGUGCAGUGUGUGUUUCACUCUGCAUAUAGCGGGAAUCACUGUGCAGUGCAGUGUGUUUUUCACUCUGCAUAUAGCUGGAAUCACUGUGCAGAGCAGUGUGUGUUUCACUCUGUAUAUAGCGGGAAUCACUGUGCAGUGCAGUGUGUGUUUCACUCUGUAUAUAGCGGGAAUCACUGUGCAGUGUGUGUUUCAUUCAGUAUAUAGCGGGAAUAACUGUGCAGAGCAGUGUGUGUUUCACUCCAUAUAUAGUAAGAAUCACUGUGAAGAGCAGUGUGUGUUUCACUCAGUAUAUAGCUGGAAUCACUGUGAAGAGCAGUGUUUGUUUCACUCCGUAUAUUGCGGGAAUCGCAGUGCAGUGUGUGUUUCACUCAGUAUAUAGUAAGAAUCACUGUGCAGAGCAGUAUUUGUGUCACUCAGUAUAUUGUAAGAAUCGCAGUGUAGUGUGUGUUUCACUCAGUAUAUAGCGAGAAUUACUGUGAAGAGCAGUGUGUAUUUCACUCCGUAUAUAGCGGGAAUCACUGUGCAGUGCGUGGUUCACUCAGUAUAUAGUAAGAAUCGCAGUGCAGUGUGUGUUUCACUCAGUAUAUAGCUGGAAUCACUGUGCAGUGCAGUGUGUGUUUCACUCUGUAUAUAGCGGGAAUCACUGUGCAGUGCAGUGUGUUUUUCACUCUGUAUAUAGCGGGAAUAACUGUGCAGUGCAGUGUGUGUUUCACUCUGUAUAUAGCUGGAAUCACUGUGCAGAGCAGUGUGUGUUUCACUCAGUAUAUAGCUGGAAUCACUGUGCAGUGCAGUGUGUGUUUCACUCUGCAUAUAGCGGGAAUCACUGUGCAGUGCAGUGUGUUUUUCACUCUGCAUAUAGCUGGAAUCACUGUGCAGAGCAGUGUGUGUUUCACUCAGUAUAUAGCUGGAAUCACUGUGCAGUGUGUGUUUCACUCUGUAUAUAGCGGGAAUAACUGUGCAGUGCAGUGUGUGUUUCACUCUGUAUAUAGCUGGAAUCACUGUGCAGAGCAGUGUGUGUUUCACUCAGUAUAUAGCUGGAAUCACUGUGCAGUGCAGUGUGUGUUUCACUCUGUAUAUAGCGGGAAUCACUGUGCAGUGCAGUGUGUUGUUUCACUCUGUAUAUAGCUGGAAUCACUGUGCAGAGCAGUGUGUGUUUCACUCAGUAUAUAGCUGGAAUCACUGUGCAGUGCAGUGUGUGUUUCACUCUGUAUAUAGCGGGAAUCACUGUGCAGUGCAGUGUGUGUUUCACUCAGUAUAUAGCUGGAAUCACUGUGCAGAGCAGUGUGUGUUUCACUCAGUAUAUAGCUGGAAUCACUGUGCAGUGCAGUGUGUGUUUCACUCUGUAUAUAGCGGGAAUCACUGUGCAGUGCAGUGUGUGUUUCACUCAGUAUAUAGCUGGAAUCACUGUGCAGAGCAGUGUGUGUUUCACUCAGUAUAUAGCUGGAAUCACUGUGCAGAGCAGUGUGUGUUUCACUCAGUAUAUAGCUGGAAUCACUGUGCAGAGCAGUGUGUGUUUCACUCCGUAUAUAGCUGGAAUCACUGUGCAGAGCAGUGUGUGUUUCACUCAGUAUAUAGCUGGAAUCACUGUGCAGAGCAGUGUGUGUUUCACUCCAUAUAUAGCUGGAAUCACUGUGAAGAGCAGUGUGUGUUUCACUCAGUAUAUAGCUGGAAUCACUGUGCAGCGCAGUGUGUGUCACUCAGUAUAUAGUAAGAAUCACUGUGCAGAGCAAUGUGUGUUUCACUCCGUAUAUAGCAGAGCAGUGUAUCUGUCAAUCGCUAUAUAUCGUGAAUCACCAUGCAGAGCAGUGUAUCUGUUACUCACUAUAUAUCGGGAAUCACCAUGCAGAGCAGUGUAUCUGUCACUCACUAUAUAUCAGGAAUCACCAUGCAGAGCAGUGUUUCGGUCAAUCGCUAUGUAGCAGGAAUCAUUGUGCAGAGUAGUGUGCGUGUGUUACUCCAUAUAUAGCAGGCGUUACUGUGUAGAACAGUUUGGGUGUCACUCAGUAUCCCAAAUGCAUUCAGUUCUUGUUUGUUUGUAUGUUUGUGUAUAUUGAACAAAAUACAAAAAAUGUUUGAAAAUGUGGCAACGGUUUGUCUCUUAUUUGGGUUCCCCAAGCUCCCACAAUUUAUAAUAUCCUUCACAGAUAUUGCUAAAGUGUUAAUACCACUCCUGUUGUACCAGUUUCUGGUUUGGACAAAAUAGAUUGGCUGAAUGUCACCUAACUCUUGACCAAGUAAUUCUGUCCAAAGAUGGGUGAAAUUGAUAUCGCUAAUGUGGUAGUAGGAACCUACCCUUCAACAAUAUUUGUGGAGAGGGGCUAGACUGUUGGUCUCUUUGGGAACCAGAUAGAUUUCAAACAGUUUGACUUUUUACAGAGGGCCGACGCUAGGGGACUCCCGACCCUCUGUUGAGUACUGUUUACGGUGCUUAGAGGGCCCUCUUUUUGUAUUUAUAGUUCUGUUUUCAUGUAAACACCUUUGUUUGUCUAUUCUUUUCUAGGUAAAUGGUCAGUGUGCUGGACAUACAGCAAUGCAAGCAGCAAGUCAGAAUGGACACGUAGACAUCUUGAAAUUGCUUUUGAAACAAAAUGUUGAUGUUGAAGCGGAGGUAACUAUUCUCCCCGCUUCCUUUGUCUUUGAGCCAAUAUGUCAAUAUAUUUAUAUAUUUAACUGCAUAAAGCAAGUUUGUUAAUGAGAGAACAAUAAAGGGAGUAAACACUCUAAGCCACAUUUAUUGUACAUGACUAAAACAGUGGAUGCCUUUAGCCAUAGAAACUUAGAAUGUGACGGCAGAUAAGAACCAUUCCGCCCAUCUAGUCUGCCCAAUUUUCUAAAUACUUUCAUUAGUCCCUGGCCUUAUCUUAUAGUUAGGAUAGCCUUAUGCCUAUCCCACGCAUGCUUAAACUCCUUUACUGUGUUAACCUCUACCACUUCAGCUUAAGGCUAUUCCAUGCAUCCACUACCCUCCCAGUAAAGUAAUACUUACUGAUAUUUUUAAACCUUUGUCCCUCUAAUUUAAGACUAUGUCCUCUUGUUGUGGUAGUUUUUACUUCUUUUAAUUAUAGUCUCCUCCUUUACUGUGUUGAUUCCCUUUUUGCACAGACUAGCAUCCAGUGCAAAAAUACACUCACCCAAUAAAAUAAAUCCUUUUCAUCUUCCACUUUAUAUUAAUAAACAGACACACAGCUGUGAGAAUGGGAUUGAUCAUUUGUCUGAUCCUAUCCUAUAUAAAUACAGAUGUAGUGUAUAUACUCAGAGUGACAUACAAACAAAAAGCAGAUGUUUGUCAUCAUCUAGUUAUCACAAACCUGACAAACUGUGCUUAAAGGGUUACUCCAACCACAAUGACCUCUUUGUCUUUUAGAAGUAAUCAUGGUGCAGCAAUUCAGCUUAAAAAGGAAAUAUGCACUUUUGUGCCAGCGUCUUGUUACACAUUUGACUUGGGGUCCCUGGAUGCCUUAUGUUAAAUCUGUUCAGGGUCUAUACAAAUACCUAUAUGAAAGAUAUUUGCCCAUUUUUAUUUAUCUAUUUUUGUCACACCUUCAUCAAGGACAAUGUCUAAAGCAAUUUAUUUCCCAAAUAUUGUUUUCUAAAGACUGAACUAAUAAGUGAAAGAUAAAUUGUGUAAGUUUACCAAUUUUUAUGUUUGUCUGCAAAUCACUCUAUGCAUACAAUUUCUGUUAUAUUUAUAUGCGAGUUCUGCAAAAUGUACCUUUUUCAGGAAUGGAGACUUUGAUAGUCUCAGUUACAUGAGUUGUGACUAGGGCUGCAUGAACAAUGUGAUUUUCAAAAAAAAAUUAUUUUUGUUGUACUAGCAAUAGCAACAUUCUUGUAAAGCAAUGACAGCUAUAACAAGCCCAACAAGAACAAUAUAGAACAGCAUGGCAUAUAGAGUGACAGCACAAUUUUUUAAAAUAAGAGUACGGAUCAGGCUAUAACAUCAGAUCUGUAAAGUAUGAGGAACAUGAUUGCUAUUCUGACAGCAUAACUAGCAUUUGCAUAAUUAUAUUUAAACUAUUACAUUUAUUCAGGUAGAGGUAUGCAGUGCAUUAGCAUAUCACAGAGAUUAAUACCAAGUGAGUACAGUGCCCCAUAGGAGGUAUGGCCAAUAUGCCAAUAGUGUGGAGAUAAUAAUAAAAAAUAAAAACAAAAACUGAAUUGAAAGGUCAUGUUGGUGCUUGUGAGGUAGUAUAGUAGGUAGGGUCUAACACAUAGCUGAGGCUACUGUAAGCUAUAAAGUUGUACUGAGUUUACUGACAUGGGGCCUAGUGCGGAGUAGCUAUGAGCUCUCUGAUGAUAAGUAAAGUAUGAAAUGGCAGUUUAGGAGCUGGGGAGGAAGAGGUGAUAAUACUAGAGCCAGGAUAUCUGGGUUAUUCCUGGUUUCGGCUGAUGGUGGCCGCAGGGUUGCAGGUAGUGUUGUGAGGGGAAAUUGAAACAGUGCCUUAUUAUAUUUCGGUUAAACGUGGGGUUAAACCCAAAACACAUAACUAUAAAAAGAAACAUGAAAAACAAAUGCAGAUGGUUCAGGUGGUCUUCAUCCCCAAUGCACCAUUCGAGGCGGGAACAAACAGGACAAUGUGGGCUGGGUCCCAGGCUGUGGUGGUAGAUGGGGUAAUGAGUCCCAUAGCUGCCAGGACAGUGUCCAUCUCAACGAUGUCUGCCACUUUGUAGUCGAUGCCCUAGUGCUGUAUGUGGAGUACAUUUGAUGACCCCCAACGUUAUUUCACCACUUUGGCUUUUAGUGCCAACGUUAGCAGUCGAAGUGACUUUCUCUAUUGCAGGGUAGUGCGAGAGGUCAGAAAAAAAAUGACAGGUCCAUGUCUUCAAAUCAUAUGGGGUUCUUUCCCUUGAGGGCACUCAUGAAGGCAGUAUUGUCUUGCCCACUUUGAAACUUGACCAGUAGUUCAUCUGUAGCUGAUCCUGUGAGCAGAGGUGGCUUGGGUAGGCAAAACAUUCCAUCAAGCUUUAUCCCUUUCGCUUGCUUAGGAGGUAGGAGGACUGCAAAUAGCCUGCAAAGGAAAUGGGUCAGUUCAGCUGGGGACACUAUGUCAGAGAGGCCAUGGAUUUUUGCGUGCUUCCACCGCCUCCUGUCCUCCAUGGUUGCUAGUUGGUGGGGGAGGGUAGUGUGAGCUGAGGUAAGGUCACAGACCUGCUUCUGGAUCUCUAUCACCUGUUCUGUGUGCGUUUGGGAGGUCUGCUCCACAGCCGUGAGACAUCCUCCCUCACCUGGGAGAUCUCUGCAGAAAGCGUCUGGCGUAGGUCUGACAGGAGAUUGGUGAGUAUCUCCAUGGUGAUCAGGAGGCUUGCGGUCGGCUGAGCAGGCUUGGGAGUGCCUUUGUACCCCAGAGUCUCAGGACUGUGAAGGGGGAUGUCGUCCGAGCUGUCAGUGUAUUAAUCUAUGUCGGCUGCCAUGUUUGGCCCAGUCACGCCAUGCGGCCUCCGCAGCAGGUCGCCUAUGUCCGCUGAAUACCGGGGCCACUCCGGAUGGAGCUUUUUGGUUUUUCUCCCCAUCGGUUGCAGGGUUGCGUAUGGACGUCUGUAGUGCGGUAAGUGACCUUAUGGGGCUAAAUUUGGUGCUGGUUAGGGCUCCAAACCUCGGAGAGCAGCAAGCAUGCGACUGAUCAGGCCGAGAGCUCAUGAACAAUGUGAUUUAACUCCAAAAUGGCAGAGAGUUGAGCAGCGAGAUUGCAAGGUCAUGAUCUAUGCACAAAAACCAUUUGAUUAAGCUAAAGUUGUUUUGGUGUUUAGCAUGUCCCAUUAAGUGCUGACAUUUUAUUAUUUUUUAAAUAAUUUUUAAUUAAAUACUUAGAUUCUUGUGGAAAAGUCAUAAAAUAAAGACUGUCGUAUGUGGUUUUGUGUGUGGUAAAUUGUGUUGUUCUCCCUACAGGAUAAAGAUGGAGACCGGGCUGUACAUCACGCAGCCUUCGGCGAUGAGGGUUCUGUUAUUGAAGUUUUACACAGAGGUGGGGCAGACUUAAAUGCUCGCAACAAACGUAGGCAGACCCCACUCCACAUCGCUGUGAACAAAGGCCAUCUGCAAGUUGUAAAAACAUUAUUGGAUUUUGGCUGUCAUCCUAGUCUGCAGGUAAACACCACUUGUUUAUCUAAUGUAAUAAAGUAAAAAUUAACUAAACACUUUCUUCCAAAAGAUAUACAGCAGCAAUUUUUUUUAAAUGUACUUUAAGUACAACUAACUGGUAACCCUAUGAUGUACUGGUUUUGUGUAUUUUCUACCGGUUAUUUCAUGGGAUGUGGUGUACUGCUAGUUAUAUGAUUUAGAAUUCUCUAUUGUCUAGAUGGGUUAGACUACCUAAGGAGUAAAGAUAUUCCUUCUGCCACCUUAAAUAUAAAUACGUAAAAGCAUAUGACUAUUUUCUAAUUGUUAUAUCAGAUACUAACUGCAUGUCCGUUCUCUUUAAACACAUACCCUAUUCAGCUAUGUGCCUAUCUCUAGAUUUCAUUCUUACAGUAGAUGAAUGUUGAUAAACUAAAACUCCUCUGAUGCUCAAUACAAAAAGAAAUAAAUAAUGCCUUAGGGCAAAAUAAACCAGAAUAUGAAUUAAUAAUGCAAAAAGAACAUGGAUGCUUAUGUUGGCCAGAGCGUUCCACCUACUAUAUCUUCAAGAAAUACCGGCAGAUUCAGUGGCCGUGAUUCUACAUGGGCUGUUGCUUGCUGACUGGGUGGCUCCAAGGUCUGGAGUGAUUCAGGCUAGGUUAGCAAAACGCAUUUGGCUCCUGAAAUACUGCAGGACUUCCUCAUGAGCUUUUGAGGAACUUCUACACUAUUUCAGGAGUAAACACGUCAACUAGUCAGUAUCUGACAACCAUUUGCCUCACUCAGGGCAACACAUCUCUUUCGCAUAGAGUUGAUCAGGUUGUUGAUUGCGGCCUGUGAAAUGGUGGUCCACUCCUCUUCAAUUGCUGUGCGAAGUUGCUGGAUAUUGGCAGAACCUGGAACAUGCUGUCUUUUACGCCAAUCCAGAGCAUCCCAAACAUGCUCAAUGGGUGACAUGUCCGGUGAGUAUGCAGGCCAUGCAAGAACUGGGAUAUUUUCAGCAUCCAGGAAUUGUGUACAGAUCCUUGCAACAUGGGGCCGUGCAUUAUCAGACUGCAACAUGAGGUGAUGGUCGUGGAUGAAUGGCACAACAAUGGGCCUCAGGAUCUUGUCACGGUAUCUCUGUGCAUUCAAAAUGCCAUGAAUAAAAUGCAACUGUGUUCGUUGUCCUUAACAUACGCCUGCCCAUACUAUAGCCCCACCGCCACCAUGGGCCACUCGAUCCACAACGUUGACAUCAACAAACCGCUCACCCACAAAACGCCAUACACGCUGGAGAACACCUCUCCAAAGUGCCAGAUGCCAUCGAAUGUGAGCAUUUGCCCACUCAAGUCAGUUACGAUGACGAACUGCAGUCAGGUCGAGACACCGAUGAUGACGACAAGCAUGCAGAUGAGCUUCCCUGAGAUGGUUUUUGACAGUGUGCACAAAUUAUUUGGUUAUGCAACUGUUUGUUGCAGCAGUUGUCAGGGUGGCUGGUCUCAGACGAUCUUGGAGGUGAAGGUGCUGGAUGUGGAGGUCCUGGGCUGCUGUGGUUACACGUGGUCUACGGUUAUGAGGCCGGUUGGAUGUACUGCCAAAUUCUCUGAAACGUCUCUGGUAGAGAAAUUAACAUUCAAUUCACGAGCAACAGCUCUGGUGGACAUUGCUGCAGUCAGCAUGCCAAAAACUUGCGACAUCUGUGGCAUUGUGCUGUGUGAUAAAACUGCACAUUUUAGAGUGGCCUUUUAUUGUGACCAGCCUAAGGCACACCUGUGCAAUAAUCAUGCUGUCUAAUCAGCAUCUUGAUAUGCCACACCUGUGAGAUGGAUGGAUUAUCUCGGCACAGGAGAAGUGCUCACUAACACAGAUUUAUAAUAUUGUGAACAAUAUUUGAGAGAAAUAGGCCUAUUGUUUACAUAGAAAAAGUCUUAGAUCUUUGAGUUAAGCUCAUGAAAAAAUGGGGGCAAAAACAAAAAUGUUGCGUUUAUAAUUUUGUUGUGUGUAUUAAUUCAUGGACUGGUUUCUGGCACUCUCUUUUUUUUGUUUUCUGUUUGCUUUUUUUCCGCCAAUUUACCUUUUAUUUUGUGGUCCAAUGAUGCUGAGCCAGGAUUUGGCUCCACACAGGUGUUACGGGUAAACCUCUGAUUUAUUAAGUUUUCUGUAUAACUUCAAUAUCUGGUUCAGUAUAGAACUCAAAAGCAACAGUAUUGAACAUCCAUCAAGAAAUCUUGCUACACCCAUGAUAAAAUGUAAGUGAAAUGUUUGAGCAAGCAGAAUAUGAUAUACUGAGUCUCAGCAUUGCACUUAUGAAACUCAAGACAUUUCUAUUCACUUGUUAAGUAAAAGUUGAAUGCCCACUUUACGUACUUUGAGUACUCUGAACAGGUGUUCUCUAUGUUAACUGUGCGAACGCUCACUGGUUUAGUCAUUUACAAAACCCAUGUGAACCCCUUUCUUUUAAUGAAGGACAUCUGUUUACCCAGUAAUUUACCCCCAUAGCAAUCUUUGUCUCUUACUUGACUCUUAAUUAUUCUGUGAAUUGUUUGUAUAACACACACCUAUACGUGAUCUAGCGUGUGGGGCCUACAGUUUGCUGUUACUAAUUUGUACUAAGAGUGGCAUUUCAGAUAGAUUGAACCUCAUAGUCAGAUUGUCGGCAGGCUGGAUGUCUGAACCUUUUAUUACAUAAACAUGAUGAAUAGCAGUAUUGUUUGGUAAAAUCUUUGAACAACCCUAUACGUGGUUAAGCUAGUAUGUGAGGUUUUUUUUCUUCCAUUUUUUUUUCCUACUAUGUAAUGAUCUGUGUUUUCAGAGAGAUUAUCUUUUGUAAGAUAUUGUUUGAUUACACAGCCACAUGGACACAGGCUGAUGGAACACAGCAGUUUACUGUCGACAUUUAUGAAAUCUGGCUUGUAUAAUAAUGGUGUAAAACUGCACAUCACAGAGACAAGACAGUGCAGAUGUGCAGGAUUCUUCUGCUCUUUAUCAUUUGCCAGAAUCUUUUACACAAGAACUGUGAUUAUUGAAACUGAAACAGACCAAAUAUAUUGCUUCCAGGUUGGCUGUUUGUGAUGUAGUUUGCCAACAGCCACCUGAUGUUAAAAGCCACAGCAAAUAGUUUUAUUAUUUAAUUUUAAGGCUGUGGUCAAUUAUGAGGAUUCCGUUUAACCCUAACCGGAUCUUUAAAAAAAAUUUUGGGGGGUUUUCCAAUAUGAGUGUGUAUCUAUCUAGAGAUAUAGCGAUAUGUGCUAUGUAAAUAAAGGUUGAACAUUACCUUAAACGAACCCUAGUAAGUUUUAUUUUUCUGUCAUGUUUCAUUUGUUUAUGCCCUCACUGUGCAGAUUUGUCAGGGUGUUGUUGUUUUUUUUUUUUUUUUUGUGAUUAAGCAGGGCUCAACAUUUUCUUUUGCCCAUAACCAGUGAAAAUGUAUUUCUGGCUACUAGAAAUUCACCUCUGGCAAUUGUCUGAUGGAACCUUCAGACUUGCAGUAGCAAGUAACUUUUAAGGCCUGACUAUUUUAGGCUUUAACGUAAGAGUGACAAAUUAGGAAUGUCCCCAGUUUAGCUGUCCUAAUUGGAAUUUUGACAGACUGAUAUGCUGAGCUGAGCCUCAUUUUGUGCAGUAUAGUAUCCCAUAAAUUGUAUUACCGUUGGGAACAGCUUUCAAAAGUACCAUAGGGUUUAUAGCAAAUUGGAGAGUCAAAAAAAACCCACAUCCUUAAUUCCUGCACCAGUUUUCUUCCCAAAUCUUUCCAAGCUCUAACUUCAUCCCCCAUUUCUUUAAUAGUACAUGUGUGUCCUUGUGACCUGGUUCCUUGAAAUAUCUUUAAAUCAGUGGUAGUCAACAUUUUUCUACCUACCGCCAAAUAAUGCAUCUUUCUUGAUGGAAACAUUUCCUUACCGUCCACCAAUUUUCGCGCAAGUAUUUUUUAGAAAGGAGGGUGUUAAAAAAAAAAAAAAGUACUUUUUUUACAGAUACUCUGCUCCUUCUUUCUCCUAUUCUACAAGUAAUCUGCUCCUUCUUUCUCCCAUUCUACAAAUACUCUGCUCCUUCUUUCUCCCAUUCUACAAAUACUCUGCUCCUUCUUUCUCCUAUUCUACAAAUACUCUGCUCCUUCUUUCUCCUAUUCUACAAAUACUCUGCUCCUUCUUUCUCCUAUUCUACAAAUACUCUGCUCCUUCUUUCUCCCAUUCUACAAGUACUCUAUUUCUUUACAAGUACUCUGCUCCUUCUUUCUCGGAUUUUCCAAGUACGCCACACUCCGUUAUCGUGUAUCCCCUUACCUACUCCAACUCCUCCCCUUCCUCUACCUGCGUGUUACUCGUUUGUACGCGUGCGUGAUAUGGGCGCACAUGCGCGUUCAGGCACACACGCUCACGCUUUCAUGCAGUUGCAUCUGCAACCUCGCAUUUCCUGCUUACCACUGAGUGUGCGAGAGAUGAAUAGAGCGCUCAUCUCUCUCGAUGGAGGGAGGAUUCUGCUACCGCCCACCUGGAAUCCUAAAACGCCCACUGGUAGGCGGUAGGGACCAGGUUGACGACUCAUGCUUUAAAUAAUUAUCCAUCAUCAAAAGAUAAUGUAACUUCCACAAUGACCGGCUGUGAAUGCUGGUGGUGGAGGUAUAUAUUUGCUGCUGCUUUUGUCAGACCACUUGCAAAUUGACAAAAACUGGAGGCACUACAGCUAAAGUCUCUUGGCACCACAGCAAUAAGCUAAAUUAACACAAAUGGCCUGGGGGCAUUUUUGGCUUUGUCAAAAAAUAUUCUCCAAAUAUUUUCUUCCUUAAAGAUAUAAUCCAAGCUGGAGUUGACUCAUCUGUUUUUAAUCCUUCCCAAUAGUAUGUAAAAUAGUAACGAAAAAUAAGAUAAGUUCCUGAAUUUGCUGUAUAUUUCCUGGCUGUACAGUUUCUGCAGUGAUGUCUCACCAAACCAGAUGUAUAUUCCUGACACUACAGUGUUACAAACAUCAUUUAGGUGGCCGGUCCAUCUUUGUACCUUUAUUCCAUUGCUGUGUGGGUCCACCAGCGCCCACUCUAUCCCGAUCUGCCUUCUUGGCCGAGAUCAUCAGAAUUGACUAACUAUGGGAAAGCAUUACAUUGUCAGAGAAUGUCAAUUCUGAUGAUCUCAGCUAAGGAAGCAGGGUGGGAGGGUGGAGCCAAACACUGCAAUGGCCAAUCAACAUCUCCUCAUAGAGAUGCAUCUCUAUGAGCAAAGUUUAGCAUCUCCAUGCAGAGCGUGGAGACACUGAAAAACAUGCAGCAUGACCCAGGAACCACCUCUAGUCGCCAUCUAAGUGACUGCCACUGGAGCUGUCCAUAGGCAGCAAUAUAAACACUGCUUUUUCUCUGAUAAAAGCAACAAAACAACUAUAGCACACUGUAGUGGUUAUGGUGCAUUCAAUCUUAUGAAUAAAAGCAUUGAGCACAGUACUGGAUUAGUGACUUUUUGUGCCUGGAGCGGAGACUUUUGCUGAGCUUAAAUAUGAAGUUUGAAUUUGUGUUUCUGGUUUUAUGCUCCUGGCCUCACUUUGUGGCCACAUAUAAGAUCCUCACAUGCAUUGAUAAACUGGGCAUUUUACAUACGUAAAAUCCAUAUUCAUGAGCAUGUUGAAUCCCUUCGAUACAAGGGAUCACAGCAUGUGCUAUAAAUCUUGGUUCACAGGUAAUGAUUUCAAUGCUUAAUGGACUACAAAAUGUAUGUAUCUCACUGGCCACACACGAGGAGUAUGCCACCCAGCAUUUCAGGGCAGCAGCAGAUAACAAAAACUAUAUUGCCCCGCUACAAUCUGUAAUGGAUGCUGCCGCCAGACUGAUUUUCUUCUCUAGUCGCUCCUCUCACACCUCACCCCUCUGUCAAUCCUUACAUUGGCUUCCUGUAUCCUAUAGAAGUCAAUUCAAAGUGCUAACCGAUACCUAUAAAGCACUGAACAACUCUAGCCCCUUUUAUAUCUCUUCACAGAUCCAUAGGUAUGCCCCUUCUCGGUCUCUCUGCUCAGCCCGUGACCUUAUGACCAACUCACGCUUGCAGGACUUCUCGCGGGUGGCUCCCUUCCUAUGGAAUAGCCUGCCUACCGCCAUCAGACUCUCCCCUGGUCUUCAAUCGUUUAAGAAGUGCCUUAAAACUCAUCUCUUUAGAAAAGCUUACGGCCUCCCAGAGUAACGUAUACCCUACAUACCUGUCUCUUGCUCUUUCCCGAAGGGCAGCACUUUAUUCUCUCUGCCAGCUCUGCUUCAUUCCCACCUUAUUUGAUUAAUAUUUCCUGUCCUAAUGUGUUUUACACCCCAACUCCUAUAGACUGUAAGCUCGUUUGAGCAGGGUCCUCUUCAAUCUAUUGUUCUUGAAAAUUUUCUUGUAAUUGUUCUAUUUAUAGUAAUUGUCCUAUUUAUAGUUAAAUCUCAUAAUAUUGUAAAGCGCUACGGAAUUUGUUGGCACUCUAUAAGUGGCAAUAUUAAUAAUAAUAAUAAUAAUAAUAAUAACAACAAAACACAAAGUAAAACAUUAAAAAAUAACCAUGAACUUUUUAAACAUUUUAAUGAGAUGCUUGUGAGAUAGGUAUUUUUAAAAAAAAAAUGUACUGUAUUUAUAAUUAUUUAAAUUUCUUAAAUAAAGAGGAUAAGCAGAAACAUUGUUUCAUUUCUCCUCUUCUCUUGUAUGCAUUCUCUAUGUUUAUAACAAUGACAAGGAACCUAAGAUGGAGGCACCCAGUUCAGGAAAAAGAGAUGUGUAUUUCUAUACUGAUCAGCCAGAACAUUAAAGCCAACUGCCUGGUAUUGCGCAAUCUUAAUACACUUAGUAUCCUUUACCUGGAAAUAUUUUAGAUGAUAGUAAACCAGUGCAUCAAAAGCAAAAACUUUGUUUUGUAGUGUGGUGUUUAAACUGCUUUGGGAAAAAAAAACUAAACAAAACUUAAACAAACAACUUUUAAAGGGAGACUCCAGGCACCCAGACCACUUCUGCCCAUUGGAGUGGUCUGGGUGCAAACUCCCACUACACUUAACCCUGCAAGUGUAAUUAUUGCAGUUUUCAUAAACUGCAAUAUUUACCUUGCAGGGUUAAGUCCUCCUCUAGUGGCUGAUAGACAGCCAUUAGAGGAGCCUUCCGUGUUCAUAGAAGACCAAAAGUGUUUUAAAACGACGAUGGACGUCCUCACGCUAUGUGAGGACUUCUAGCGUCGUCGAAAUCCCCAUUGUAUAAUGCUGUCCUAUGGGGAGGUCUAAUGCGCGUGCGCGGCCAUUGCCGCACAUGCACAAUAGUUCUCGUCGGCGGGGGCGGAGCUUAGGCGGAGCCUGAACCAGCGCCGAGGGACAUUGGUGCUGGACUCCGGUAAGUCACUGAAGGGGUUUUAACCCCUUCAGCAACUUGGGAUGGGGGGUGGGAGGUAGAAGGGCACUAGAGGGUCCUGAGGUGCCAGAAAAAGGAAUAUGUUUUCCUGGCACUGGAGAAUCCCUUUAAGCACCAUGACCACAUCAGCACUCUUCAGUGGUUAUGAAGCCUGGAGUUACUGUUAGAAAUCUGAUUAUUUUCAAAUAGUUUAAUGCUUACAUGGGUUCACCUGAACGCCUGUUGUCUGGCCUCUCUUCAAAGAUAUCACUAAAGAAGGAGUUUCCCUUCUGUUACAUCAGGUAACAUCAGGUUUUUCUGUCAACCAAUGAAUUCCACUCAAUAUAGAUAUACUUUCCUUUCCUCUGGCACAUUUCCUUCACCCAUCAAGCUUGCAACUAUGUCGAUUCUGAAAAAGCCCAACGUUAACCCCAACUCCCCAUCCAACUACCGCCCUAUAUUGCUACGGCCGUUUGCCUCCAAAAUCCUUGAGAGAAUUGUGUAUGCGAGAUUGACAGACUUCCUCAAAUCCAACUCUGCUUGACCCGCUUCAGUCAGGAUCCAUGCUCAUCACUCUGUUGAAACAGCUGUGACCAAAGUAUCCAACAAUUUAAUCGCUGCUAAAUCUCGUGGCCAUUACUCUAUCUUAAUUCUCCUUGAUCUUUCUGCUGCCAUUGACACUGUUGAUCAUCAACAACUUCUUCUUAUUCUCCGUAAUCUCAGUCUACAAGAUACAGUUCUCUCCUGGUGCUCCUUCUACCUCUCCCAGCGCUUUUUCAGUGUUUAUUUCUCUGGUUCUGCCUCUUCUUCCCAACCCCUCUCUGUUGGUGUUCCCCAAGUUUCUGUCCUUGGUGCCCUACUGUUCUCCAUCUAUAAUGCCUCCCUUGGUAAACUCCUCAGCUCCUUUGGCUUCCAUUAUCAUUUGUAUGCAGAUCACACACAAAUCUACCUGUUCUCUCCUGAUCUUCCUCCGCCCAUCUUGCCUCGUGUCUCUGACUGCCUAUCCACGAUUUCCAACUGGAUGGCUGCUCACUUCCUUAAACUCAACCUGUCCAAAACAGAACUUCUGGUCUUUCCUCUAGGCAUAAACCCAAAAUGAAAAUUCUGGGCCGAAACCGAAAAUUCAGGAUGCCCUAGGCCAAAAACCAAAACCGAAAUUGACUUUUUUCUUCAAAUGAUUUAAAAAAAAGUUUUUUCCCUAAAAUUGUAUUAAUAUUAAACUUUUUAAUGAAUUUAAUUAAUCUGAUAUGAAAAACUCCCCUUCUCUUUUAUUGUCCCCCCCCCCCUGCUUAAUGUUCCUCAUCCCUCCCUCUUUUUUAGGGUUCUUUACCCCCUCCUCCCCAGUCCCAUAGUGUUUUUCUCUCCCCUGUCUAAUAGUGUUCUUUCCCUCCUCCCCUGUCUAAUAGUGUUCUUUCCCUCCUCCCCUGUCUAAUAGUGUUCUUUCCCUCCUCCCCUGUCUAAUAGUGUUCUUUCCCUCCUCCCCUGUCUAAUAGUGUUCUUUCCCUCCUCCCCUGUCUAAUAGUGUUCUUUCCCUCCUCCCCGUCUAAUAGUGUUCUUUCCCCCCUCCCCUGUCCAAUAGUGUUCUUUUCCCCCUCCCCUGUCCCACAGUGUUCUUUCCCCCCUCCCCUGUCCCAUACUGUUCUCCCCCCCUUAAUGUUCCUCUCCCCUCCCUCUUUUUUAGUGUAAUUUCCUUUCUCCUCCUCUGUCCCAUAGUGUUCUUCCCACCUCCCCGUCCCAUAGUGUUCUUUUCCCCCUCCCUGUCACAUAGUGUUCUUUUCCCCUUCCCAGUCCCAUAGUGUUUUCCCUUCCCAUUACCAUAGUGUUCCUUCCCUCCCGUCCCAUAGUGUUCUUUCCCCUCCCGUCCCCUUUUCCCCUCCGUCCAUAGUGUUCUUUUCCCCUCCCGUCCACAUAGUGUUCUUUUCCCCCUCCGUCCCUUAGUGUUUCCCCUCCCAUGCUAUGGUGUUCUUUCCCCACUCCCGUCCAUAGUGUUCUUUCCCCCUACUCCCAGUCCAUUCUCCCCCUACUCCCGUCCCAUAGUGUUCUUUCCCCACUCCCGUCCAUAGUGUUCUUUCCCCCCUCCCUAUAGUGUUCUUUCCCUCCCCGUACUAUAGUGUUCUUUCCCCCCCCCCCGUACUAUAGUGUUCUUUUCCCCCUCCCCGUACUAUAGUGUUCUUUCCUCCCUCCCCGUACUAUAGUGUUCUUUCCCAUCCCUCUCCUGUCCCAUAGUGUUAUUUGCCCCCCUCCCCUGUCCCAAGUGCAGUAUUCUUGACUUUUCAUGUUAUCAUUACUAUCUUUCACUGUGAUAUAUAAUAAUUUGAAUUGUUAAUGCAAGCAUGUCUGUUAAACUAUGCACUACAAAAAAAAAGAAAUUUGGCAGCCAAAAUUUUGGUGCAUCCCUACUUUCCUCCCUCAAGUGUUGUUACUCCUAUGUCUGUCUCCCUCCCAAGUCAACGGCGCCACCAUCACCUCUACCUCGCUGGCUAGCUGCCUUGGUGUUUUCUUUGACUCCGAACUCUCCUUCACCCCUCAUGUCCAGUCGAUCAUCAAAUCCUGCUGCUUACAUCUCAAAAACAUAGCUAGCAUCCGCCCUAUUUUAACACCAGACGCGGCAAAGGUGCUGGUCCGUGUUCCCAGAUUGCUGCAAUCUAUAAUAAAUGCGGCGGCAAGGCUCAUUUUCCUGUCUGCCCGCACCUCCCACGCCUCCCCCUCUGUCAGUCUCUACAUUGGCUUCCAGUUAGAUAUGUCUCAAUUUAAGAUUUUGGUGCUUGCUUACGAGUCCCUUCAUAAUGCUGCUCCAACCUACGUAUCCUCCCUAAUACACAAGUAUGUCCUGUCAAGGCCCCUGCGCUCUGCCGAAGACCUACAUCUAUCCUCUGUCUGUACUCCCACAUCUGAUGCUCUUCUCCAGGGCUGCACCUUUUAUGUGGAACUCCCUUCCCUUCUCCGUUAUACUUUCUCCCAGUCUCCACUCCUUCAAAAAAUCCAUGAAAACACACUUCUUCAGGAAAACAUAUAAUUUAAACUGUUAGAAGGUUUUCCUCUCCCUUGCCCCGCCCCAUGACUCCUCUCCUGCAACUGUCAAAAAUAAUCGAAGUUCUCAGUAAAUACUUUUCUAGCAACCUAUUUCAUUAAACCUACUUAUACCCUUUGUGUCACUAUACCCCACUCCCUCUAGCAUGUAAUCUCAUUGAGCAGGGUCCUCAACCCCCCUGUUCCUGUGCGUCUAUUUGUCUGGUUACAAUUACGUGUCUGUUUGUCCUCCCAUUGUACAGCGCUACGGAAUUUGCUGGCACUAUAUAAAUAAGAAAAUAAUAAUAAUAUUUGGUUUAGUGACCAGUUUGAAAUGGUUUACUCUAAACAGUGUGACAGUGCAUGGGAAUUUCUGGCAUCACAACAGCUACAGCGCGCGAGUAACUACUAACAGUGCUUAAAAUACCCUUGUAAUAACAAAAAAAAGCAACUGACAUAAAAGAUACAGAACAUUGAAGGUUGUUAAGGAGAAAAUUCCAUCUAUGAGUUCUGGAGACAUCCAUGUACCUCUUGUCCUUUGGCCGUGUGGUUUAUAAUGUCUCCAAAACCCCUCAAUGGCAUCGUUUCCCCAUAAUACAAAAGCAACUCUGAAAGUUUGUGAUUUUUAGUAUUUUUUCCACUAUGUGUGACAUAUGCAUAAAUAGUUAUGGCAUGCUAUUAUAAUGUCUUUGGUUUAAAAAAAAAAAAAAAAAGUGCAGUUGUUGUCAUAAUUUAGACACAGUAAUUGGUAUACUGCUAAAAUAUGUGUAAUAUAAAGACACCCCUUGUAAACAAUUCCUACUUUGCACUAUGUAUACAUUCUUUAUUAAUAAGCUAUGAUAAGGCAUGUAACAUGAUUCCAGUGGCUGAUUGGCAUUAUCUAAUACUCUGGGUGAAAUAUGACAAGCAUUGUCCUUUUCCUUUUGUAGGAUUCCGAAGGCGAUACUCCUCUUCAUGAUGCAAUAAGCAAAAAACGAGAUGAUAUAUUGGCUGUACUGCUAGAGGCUGGAGCGGACGUUACUUUCACAAAUAACAAUGGAUUUAAUGCUCUCCAUCAUGCUGCAUUGCGGGGAAACCCCAGGUAAUGCUCACAUUUAAUAUCCUCUCUCGUAGUUAAAAUAAGUAAGUGAAUGCUGGGUUCUGUGAAUCUCUUUCAGUAUGCUGGUGCAUGCAUUGCAUCUUUUCUGUGAAACAGUUGGAUUUUUGGAAUUGAUGUGUAAUGCUAAGAUCUUUCUAGCAAGGAAAUAUUCUUAAGCACAAUGUAUUUCCCCUGGUGCUGGGUUGCUGUACUGAGACAGGAAGAUAGUGCUAGCCAGGACAAGUUUAUACCCUCUACCCAUCAUCUUCUGAUUAACGUACAAAGUCUGGCACUAAAGAGGAAUAUAUAAUGAUAACCUUUGCUAACUAUGGCUCACACAGAAUAAUAGGAUGAGAUCUAUUAAAUCAGCUAUGUCAUAUAGUGGUAUAUGUAGGGUUUAUUCACUAAUCUCUAUUGAAUUGUGGAUGGCAAAAAUAGCUGAUUUAGAUGAAUUCUCCAAAACUGCUCUAGUCACAGCAAAAUUAGAGAGAGAACACAAAGUUAUACAGUUUGGGGCUUAAUUGUGUUGAGGGGUGCAAGUAGGACAUUGUUCCUAAAAUGCUUGCCUGUGUCAGACAGACCUUACUGUCCAUAUCUUCAUUUAAAAUAAUUUUAAAGAGAAAUGAGAAGCAGUCCAGGGCUGUAUAAUUAAAAUGUGUUACUAGUGUGCUUUUAUCUUAAAAUUAAAAUGAUAAUACAGCCCCUUCCUCGAUAAAUUCUUUUCAGGAAGGAAGGGGCGGUGUCCAUGGGUCUCACUAGUGAACCUGAAUUUAGCACAUGUGCUAAGUGUCUUUCUGCCUUUUUCCGAAUUAUAGCAUUAUUGUGUUGAGAGUGGACUGAAGCACAAGUUUAUCAUCGUAAUGAUGUCUACAUUUAUUUAGUUUUCCCCACUUGCUAUAACAUUAGCCCACUCUACCCUAUUUUUGCUUUGAUAAAUAAUUUUGCAGCUAGUUGUUUACUCAGCACAUAUGAUACAGUUAUAUCUGUACUGGUUGAGAAUAUGAUGUUUGGACCUGCUGUGUGUCAGGAAAGUAAAUACGCUGUUAUAAAGUUUGUGACUGUUGUUGAGAGACUCUUGUAAGGUCUGAAUAAACCAGACUCAUUCCUUGAUGACUUUCCAUGCUGUCUUUGAAUGCUUCUGUGGACUAUUGACAUAUUUUGUUUUUAAAGCUCGGUUACAUUUUAUUGGAUUUGUGUGCCAAACAGCUCUUUAUAGUGUUGGAGUUUUAAAGCUGUCGUUCUGUAAACUCCAUUGGUGAUUAAUAUCAAACGGGGGCUACAAAGAUAGUCAGGGUUUUAUCACUCUGCAUUAUGUAUUCAUUCACCUGAUAUUUACUGUGAGAAUAGUCUGGCCUCUUAUGACUGGUCCUCAUUUUGAUGUCAAAUUACUUACUUUGGUUUGGCUUCUAAAGUGGAUGGUGUUAUCUAUCUAUCUAUAUAUCGAUAUAUUUACAUUUCAGGGAUAAAAACUUUUUAUUUGUUGCUAAAGUGCAUACGUUAGCAGAAAUAGUAACUUUAAAUCUACAAUUCCAAUUUUAUUGUGAUGUUUUAAAGCUCUUCAGCGGCCAAGUUCUCCCAUUCACCCCAUGUUUCCAUCACAUGUAAUAACUGAGUGCCCGAUUGUGUACUUCAGUGCUGUCUUUUUAACUCUGUAAGCAUUUGACACCCGUAUUGUUCUAAAGGUUUAUUUCUCAGCUGCCCUCCCAACCCCUUCUGAAAAUGGGCCCUAUCUCUUUGCUGGAUAAUUCCCGAUACUGUUGACUACAUUUGCUCUGAUGCCUUUCAGGUGUAAAGCACUCAGUGCAUCAUUGGAGAUUCUCUGUUGCAUCAUCUGGCAUGGUUUGGUUAUCCACGCUUUCACCUCUCCUUUAUUUGUAGUCGGACAGUUAUCGGGGCUGAAUAAAAUGGAAGUGGAAGUGUUUCUUUAUAUCUUUUUAAGUGUGACCGUUUAAUGUGAUGCUACAAUUUUAGAUUUUGUUUUAUGGGAGAUUAUUGGAUUACAAGUGCUUUGGCCUUGUGAGAGCAGUAGUUUGUAAGUCUCGAUAUUAUAAAAACUGGUAUAAUGCAUUUUUUCACAUUCCAGUGAAGGAGAUAAUUCCUGCAAAAGUGUAAAGCUAUGGUUCUUAACCUUUUCUUAGUGUCCCAAAUUAUGUGUGAUGACAUUAUCACUGCAACUCUCAAUUCAUAUGUACAACUGGCACAGUAAAGCAUGCCUCAGGUGCAAUGCAGUAUAUAAUAAAUACUUUCUGGAAAAACAUCUUUAUUGUACUUAUGCCAGGGUGAAUGAGGGGCCUGGUUUACUAUGUGCAGUUACAUGGGGUCUUAUGAAUAUUAAGUAACUAUUCUCACCACUUGAGACCUGAUCCAGAGAUCAAUACCCACCGGUGAAGAGUGAGCAUUAUAGAUUUUCCUAAUGCACAAGUGUAUGUGUGUAUUUUUUUUUAUGUAUUUGUUUUGUUGUGGGAUUGGGGUUUGUCAAGAUCACCUUUCACAUGAGAACAGUUCAUUUGAUAAGUUUGUCCCAAAAGGUCAUGACAUAAGAUUAUAGUGUUUUAAUUAGUUGGUUAAAUAAUUUCCCUACAGAUCCCUGACAUUUUGGUUAUGUUUACUUAUUAUGUUUAUAAAAUUAUAUGUAGAAGGAAGAAAACUCUUUUUAUUUUGUUCUGUUAUAUUUUGUAUGACAAACAACAUAAAUGGCAACAUAUUUGAAAAGUAAGUCCUAUAAAAACAUUUAUUUUAAUAUUGAAUUAACCUGUUCAUCAAGCACAACAUUUUCCAUGGCAAUGGCUGCACAAAUUUCACCUAAACAUACACUAGCAAAAAGUAUCACUGUGCAGACUUUUUAAUUGUUUAUAUAAUAUCAUCAAUUCGUGCUGCUGUAACGGAAUGAAGACAAAUACUCUUUACCUAUAGGUUAUUUUUAGUUUUCAUUUGUUUAUUUAUAAAAAUAUUUUACUAGGAAAGAUCCAUUGAGAUUUCUCUCGUUUUCUUAUCAUAUCCCUUGGAGGUGUUCUGUAAGUGUAAAUAUUGUGAACAUGUCUUGUUUAUUUGUGCUUACUAGUAAAUUAUAAAAUAGUCACAAUAAAUCAGAAAUCGAUGUUUAUUGCUCGUUUGGUUUACAAUAGAGAAUUAAAGAACAUUCCCAUGUAAUUACACUUUGAGUUAUUUGCCGCAGAAACUAGAUCUCGUUUCACUGUUACGAAGUUGCAAUGAUGCUCUGUGUGAUGUCGACCUCAAUGCAAUCCUACAGCUGGUUGAAGGGGACCAAAUCCAUUGAAGAGGUGAUUUGGUUCCAUUUUACCAGCUUUAGCAAAGCAUUGCAGCGCCAGAGGAAGCCAGUCAGCCAAAAAUCUCAGCUUGUCUUUGAAGAUAAGUGUUUUCUCUUGACCGCGGAUGCUGCAGAGUGUGUAUUUCUGCAGCAGUUGUCAAAACUGAGCACAGAAGCAUAUUUCAAUAUAUACAUUAGGACCAAAAAGACACGUUGUGUAACAUUCAUACAGAAAACAAGAUUGCAUCCAGUGGAUAAAACACACAGGGAAAACUUAAAUAUAACAAACUAGACUUCCUCCAUAAAAAUAAAAGGAUUUUUAAUAGUGAAAUUGGUUUAGAAACAUAAAAAACACAACUACUGUGUGCUAUGGUAUUGGUGUUGGAAUUGCAAAUAAAUUUAAGAUUUUUUAUUUAUUUAUUUUUAAACAAUCCGUCUAUAUUGUUUUUAAAUUAUUGCAUAGUCCGUGAUUUAAAAUGUUGCUUCUAUGGGCUCCUGCUUUAUAAUUUCACUAUGAAGGUUAACCCAUGCCUGACUAAUUAAGGAAGCUCUGCCUUGUCAUCCGUAGAAGCUUAGAAAGCGCUUUUAAUAUUAUUGAUUAUGGAUGCACUUUCCAUUAUUGCACUGUUCGUUUAAUUUAUAAAAUGCAUGCAUUUGUCUGGAGAUAGAGACUUGGUACUGUAAAUAAUAGUUUACUGCCUGCACAAGAUAAACCUCAAAUCUGAAUAGAUUUAAUUUACUGCGGUUUCUUUUUUUUUUGUUUUUUUGUUCGUGGUUAAAGCAUUUCCUACUAUAGCCAACAUACAUUUGUCUUUUGCUAAGCUUGCAACCCAGGUCCCUUUUUACUGUAAAUGUAUUAUUUACACUAUGCAUUGCCCCAAUAGCAGCACAGCAGGUGCUCUGUGUUUCUGAAUCGAGCGAUAAAGGCUGCCAUUAAACCAAGUUGCUAUUUAUAAGUUAUAUGUGAACAGUUCUGCAGAUCCAGCUGCUCAAGUGUGCUCUUGGAUGGCAAUUCACUUUCGUGCAUUUGCCAUAUCAGGGCAAGAAAAGGCCAUGGAAAAAAAGCACUGCACCAUUUGAUAAUGUCAGCAUCUGUUCCCCAUGCCAGUCAGGCAUUGGAAAUGUUUGAGUUACGACCAUGUCAGCACAUGCUCAGAGUUCAGCCUGUACUAGGUUUAAAAGGGGGGCUGCUGAUCCCGUGAUGGAAAUGACAUUCUAGAGUGACUCAGUAUGAUUACGGCUAGAGAGCCUGACUUCAAACUGUGUUUGUGUAUAUAUAAAUCUUGCUAUAAACCUAGAUCUAUGCAGUUUAUAAUUAUAGAUGCAACACUGUAACGUCCAUUAAAUUUACGCAUUUAUUAAAUUACAGAUAUGCAGUUUGCUUUUAAAGCAUCCCCCAAUCAAUUCAAACUCUGUUGUGUUUCAAUUAAACACUGCCCCUCCCCCCAUGACCCAAUGCCAGGCAGAAUAAUUUACAGCAACAAUUCUAAUACUGAAAUGGUUCAAACAUUAAACGGAAACAGUCGUAAAAAAAAAAAAUGUUUUUGAUAUAGCUAAUGAAAUUGGUAUCCUAACAUAUUCUUGGGUGGCAGAAAAGUAUGUCAGAAUCUCAAUAAGAUACUACAUGUCAAGAGAUGAACCUUGUUACUAUUAACCCCUUAAAGACCAAUGAUUUGCUGCGUGGCCUCUGCAAUCUUGUCCCCAAAUAUCUUAUGGCAGUAUGGAACAUCUCGUGAGCCGUCCUGCCGAUAUUAAAUGAGUCGGACAUUCCAUUUUGCAAUACAAUGUUUCAAGAUGAUAGCAUAGGCCUUGGUUUGGUGUGCUUAAAGGGUUAGUGUGGUUACUAGUGAUGCAAUAAAUGCUCGUGUACGUAUUGCAUGCAUUAUGUGUAUCCUAAUACUUCAAGGAGAAAAAUGCACUGUACUAACAAGGCUUCAUCAUCUUUAUAAAUGGGUGGAAAUUACAGCUCGGCAAACCUGCUAAAUCUAGUGCGUUUUUCCAUUAUUUUAAUGGAAGCACCUGGAUUAAACUUGUGUAUCUUUAAAGGAGGCAAUAUGUAAUUAUACAUUUUUACCCAUUACAAUUUUCCAUGCAAAUCAGCUCUAGGAAUUUGAAAAUGCCAUAUUCCCACCCUUUUAAGGUAAACUUGAGUUUAAUUUGUUUCCCUGCAAGCUCAGCUGAAUAAUUCAUUGUCAGAUGUACCCAUCUGCAUUUCAUCAAAGGUACAUAAUGUCCAUUUAUAGUUUUAUAAUACUGAUGUUUGGUAUUCUUAACUGUUUGCUUGCCGGAGGGGCAUGUUCAACUGAAAGCCUGACCUUGGGAGAAUCAGUGAACAGAACUUUCAGUUCGAUCUAACACAAUGCAGUGAGACUGUAUGUUCUAUUAAUAUAUCAAUAAUUGGACUGCACACAUACUGACAAAAACAAUAAAACUUAAAAAAAAAAAUUGUUUUUAAAAAAUCUUACCACUUUUAUUGGUAACCACUCUGGGCUUUGUUUGUUAAACGUAUCUUUUAAGUGGCAGGUUUAUCUGUAUCCAUAUACUAUUAAAUCAGCAGAAUAAUGUCUCAGUAUUCAGUAUGGAUAUUGUGUUAAAUAAUUACAUGUAUAUUAUAAAAUAUAAUUCUAGCCUAUCGAUACAUAUCACAAAAGUCACUUACUAGGUGAGAGCUUGUAGCCAAAAAAAAAAAAGCUUAUACUUUCCUUUGUAAAUUAGAUACAAUGCAAAGUCAAUCAGGGAAAGUGGUAGGAGAGAGAACACAGUCAAACUAAAUACCAGCAGUAAGCAGUGCUGUCUUCGAGCAGUUGUUCUGUGAGCGGUGGUCCACACCUGACAAAAAUACAUACUUCUUUACAUUCCAUAGCAUUGUUAUGUUCAUAUGGGUACAUAAAGAAGUAUGUACUCUAUGCAGGCACGUUAUACACUGUAAGCAAGACGAUGCUGCAAAGAAAACUUCAUAGUGUCACAUAUAAUUAUUAUUAUUUAAAAAAAAAAAAACAACACAUAAACCUUAUAUUUGCUAUUUUAACAGUUUGCCAGACAAGACUGCAUUGAUGUGAGAGCCCUACGAACGAGAGGCCUGCAUCACAAUGUAAUGGAAGGCUUUCCAAUUCUAUGAAUUGCACUAAUCACACUAAUUGGGAAUUUGAAAGUUUGAGUUUCCCAAAAGAUAGAUAACAAACAAACAAUUAAAAAAAUAAAAAUAAACAAGUAAAACCAUAUUGCAUAUAUCAGAGUUGAAAAUGAUCAAUUUUAUAUUUUAAUCCUUUGCGUGCCAGAACCUAGCGUUAUGUCAGUGUAAAGCAAUCCGUAAUUUAUCCCUUUGGCACUCAAAGGUUUAAACAGACCAGCAGUAAAAACAAGAAUCUGUUUUAACCCCCUUUUAUUUCUAAUUUCAUUAUGUGACCCCACCUCACCCCGCUGUGGCGUUUUUCAGCAAACUCGUGCAAAUGUAUUCAUAAUUACAUCAUGUGUGACGGCAAUAAAAAAUGUUCUCUAUUAGCAGGCCAAAGCAUCACAUGCGAAUAUGCAGUGUCAAUUUAUAUAUAAAAGUUUUAUUUAAAUAUAUAUAUAUAGUAGCCUCGUGACUUACCUCCACCUGCUCUCUUAUACUAGUCAGCAUUCUUUACAACACCCCCUGCUGCCCUUUAAAUCGAUGACUGCAAUUGUUUUGUAUUUUGCCAUGCUUACCUAGUCUCCUGCUUGCCUCUUGUAAUCUCUCCCAGACACUGAAAUAACUGGAAUGAUGUCACACUGCUGGUGAGCCUCUAACUCCAUCUGUAUUUCAUACAAUGUGGGCUUUUGAAAGGCAGAGAUCAUUCUAGCAAGCUCUCGUAGUUAAACGUACUAUCGGUCAGGUGUCCCGACAAAAAAGGAUACAUGAGCCAAAGUAAGAUUCCUGCAGCGCCUGACAAAGCUAGUGCAUGCAGCUGAUAGGGAGCAAAUCAGAGAGUAGCUGGUGAUAUAGCACAGUAAUACAAGGAAAAACAGCAUUGCAGCAUUACUAUUACGGCAUACACUGUCAGGAUUUAAAUAGUUAGCAAACUACACAGCCAUGCUACAGUACGCUGCUGACAGCCUGCACACACACACACACACACACACCACUUAGCAUUAGAAAGCAAAGAACUUGCAUAAUCAUAUAACAAUUCGCAGGCAUUCUUGGAGCAGCAAUAUUUCUCAAAAUGAAUGUUAACAUAUUAUUAUUUAUUAUUAUUAAUAUUAUUUUGUUAAUUGGAGGCAGGGGGAAGGGAAGAAAAACAUUGCUCAUUAAAUACAUUAAAUGGUUUGCAAAUUAAAUACAGUUUUAUUUAAAAUUAUGUUUUAUUAAUCAUGCUCUUGCAGAUCUGCAUGUCUGUACUAUAGCUGUUAAUAAUUAGGCAUACAGUGUGGCUGUCUCGUUGGUAACCCUGCCAUUGCCACAUAGGCCUGCAUUGUCUUGUUUUUUUGUCGUCUGGCCUUCCUGGCACGUUAACGGUUAAUCAGAAAACAUAGCUACUGGCAUUUUAGUCUCUCUAUUGUUAGUGUCUGAGCUUUUUUUUUUUUUUUUUUUUUAGUGCGUUUUAGUAGAGGCACGUGUGGAAAGUUGUCUGACGCUAGGCAUUGUCUCUCUAUGCUGCUUCAUUACCACAUUGCAUUGAAGAGGACAGAAGUAGGGGGUGAGCAGUAAGGGCAAACACACAGUGACACUCACCUUCUGUCCUUCACCAGCUUAGCAUGCAAGUAUUUGUCUGAGCUGAGACAUUCGCUGCACCUGCUUGAGUGCUGUUAGCAUUCUCUGGGUCCAGCCGUAAGUGCUUCACCAUGACCCAGAAAGUUUCUUUAGUGAACCUAUUCCAUGCUCAGGUUGAGGAGAACAAUGUAACACAAAUUGUAAAAGCAGUGUUUAGGGAGUAGAAAGUUGGAUUAAAAAGCCUUCUUGUGUAACAAUGCAUUCUUUUGUUACAGGGUUUUCCUUUUGUUGAAGUUUCCAGAUUGAACUGUAGGCACACAUCUGUGUUUAAGCUACGACUUUUUUCCUCAGAGGUCAUUGAAGCUUGCUUGCGAGGUCAAGACUCCCACAUGCACACUGUACAGACAGGCAAAUCCCCCACUCAAAGGGCACAAGCUAAACUGUUUCAGCUUUAUAGGCAGCUAAGCAUUUGAAACAUGCAAUCCCAGGCAAACGUUCCCCCUAGAGCCUCUCUCUUCCCUGACCAUAUUUAGUCAACCAUAGCAAAAAAUAGUCUCUCAGCUGUCGAUUGUCGAUCCAAGAGCUCUGGGAGCUCUUAUCAUGCUUUCUGCUUAUUGAUUGUUCAUCCUGCCGAGCCCCAACUCCGCUCUGCCAUUUGUACAGCUAUUUUUAGCACUGCCAAAUAAAGCGGUCUCUCAUGUUUGCACUUCUAUUACCCCUAUUUUCACAGAGCGUGCGCUCUUACAACCAAAUCCUGAUGUGACCGUCCCUAUAGUUAGAACAGUGCAGAGAAAGUCUGCGUCUGUACAGAUAUGAAACAAAUAAGUCUCUGCUUCCACAACAAAUUGUACAGGCUGAUUACUUGAUCCGACAGAAGCGAAGAGUGCUUUGAAUAGUAAUGCAUUAUAUCUGCAAUCCUAUUGGUCUGCACUGGAGUCCGUCCUGUUCUAUUCUUCCCAUUGCUUUAUGUUUUUUUUUAUUAUUACUAUUAUCUCAUUUAGCCUUUUUAUAGGAUUUGAUUCUGCAAUAUUUGGCAUGUGUACACUUUGUCAGAUUUAUGUGGCACUGACCAGCUAUAUAACUAUUUCGUAGAUGAUGGAAAAUGAAGCAUUUUCUUAUUUAGCUAUUUAAUCAUUAACUUUACCUUUAAAGUAAAAUCCACUUUCAAGGUAGCAAUUGAGGGGGAGGGUAGAAUAACAGUGGAGAAAUUGUUCCUUUUUUUUUUUUUUCUCUCCCUUCAUUUCAGUGAUCACAAUAUGCUGUGGCAAGUUCUGGUGUCAUAUUUAACAUAUAAAAUUUAAAGAAAUGAUGUGCCAUUUUCUUGACCUAUAGGCCUUAGUCCUAGAUCACUUCGUGGUAAGCUUGUUUGGCAGCCGCUUUAUCAUCAUAUCCUCAAGAGACCCUCUCUGUGUUACAUCACAGUCCAUGAGGAAUGCAGCUCAUCAGACUGAAACAGCUGUCUCUUUAAAAAUGUAGCGUAACUUAAGAUGAGGACACACAAGUAUUUAUGUAAAAAGAAAGUCCAAUGGCGCAUGAAAGAAAUUAAACGUGAUUGUGUUCAUAUAAUAUUUAGAGGGACAGUUCUCAAAACAAACCAGGGCUGUGUAAAGGGGAAAAGUUGUGUUUGUGUGUGAGUAUGUAGAGUAAGGGGGGGAAUAUUGUAUUGCAGACUUAUGGCAGUUUAUUCAUACACAUAGCAUGAUGUUGGAGAAUUCCAUAUUGUGUUUGCAUAGCUCAUAGCUUUUACGCUGGGAAAUGUAUUUUUAUAGACAUCUGGAGCAACAAGGUCAGCCAUCUCUCCAGUAAUUAUCAAUUGAAACCUUUCUAGAUGGAUCAUGGAUUAUUUUUGAGGAGUUAACAGAGGAUUGCAGCUUGCUAAUCGUAAUGUCAGACACAGCAGUCAGCACAACAGUGGUUUUCACCAUUGAAUAACUGAUCCACCCCUAAUUUUGAGUUAACCUUGUAACCUGUAAAACGCAAGAAUAUGUGUUGUCAAAAUGUGUAUUACAAAUAUAUGAACAUAUUUAACAAGAUAUUUAAAUGGUUACUCUAACCGUUUUGAACAUUUAUAUCAUUAAAUUGCAUUACCCUAUUGGACAAUCCUAGGUAAGUGUCUCUCCCCACCUCACUUUAAAAUCAGAAGGACAAAAAACAAAAAACACGAAAGCUUGAAGUCCAGCACUGAGUGCAGCUCCCUGUGCUGCUCUUCACACCUCUUCUUAUGUCACUGUAGGGCUUGCACGGUCCAAUCAAAUGCUUCUCCUAAAAAAGCAUUUGAUUGAACCUUUUUUUCUGGCUCAAAGCACGUGCCUGCCCUGAACUAGCAAUAUGUAAGCUAUAGAGGGACGUGGGAGGGAGGGGAGAGCAAGCUUCACCUGCACACUGUCAUCGUCAGUUUUUGCACAGCAUUGAUAUUUGUCGCAGCCAAAGUCAUGCGUGCUGGUCGUGUAACUAGCCACCGGCACAAAAGUGAUUAUAACUCUGGAUGUCCAGCGUUUCAAGUAGAAAUGCUGCACAUCCAGCCUCCUUCCACCAUGUCCACUUCAAAUCACUGAAGUGGUCAUGGUGGUUUAAAUAACCCUUUAAACAAAGAAUUGGAGUGUGUACAUAGUGAGACAUGUUUUUGGUAAAUUGAAAAUAUACCCCACUAUAAAUGAACUCAUUUUUAACAUUUACCUUCUCUGAUUUCCUAAACCUCAUGUUGAUAGACAUGGUUAUUCAUCAAAGUUUGAUUUGUUAGGCGUUCAAAGUGAAUUUCAAAUUUUAGACCUGAGUGGCUGAACUGAAAACAAAACGGAUUUGAAAUACAUUUCUUCUUUUUCUUCGUUUUAUAUUAAAAUGUGAAAUUUACUUUGAUUUUAUUCCAGUUGAAACGUUGGUGAAUAACUGAGAGGCUGUGGGUAUUGGUAUGUGGCGAUUCUUUAGGGCCACCUGUUAGUCUUUCUGUUGAACAAUCCCCCAUUUAGCUCAUUGAAGUCAUACUCCGAUUUCCCCUCCCUCAUUAACAUUAGCAUUGUUAAUGAGGGAAAUUGUAUUUGGUUUUCACAUACAUACCUACACACAUCCACACUUUCCUCCUCAAGGGAAAUCAAAAAAGAGCUUUAGUGAAUGAUUUGUGGUUUGAACUAAAUCAGCGUUAAUAUUUUUGUUAUCGGACACACAAUUGUUCACUUUCAUUUGACCUUGGAAGCAUAGAAGGCUGUGUUAACCCUACCAGGCAGGAAACCUGAACCACUGAGGUUACAACUGGUAUCGUAGUCAGUGCAUCACUUAUAAACUGUGGUUUCUAGGAUGUGGUAUCAGUGUGCAUUAUUUCUUCAGUAUUUUACAUGUGGCAACACAUUAUUUGUGACGUUUUACUGUUUGAUGCCAGUCCUACUGGUUUAUUUAAUAAUUAAUGUUUUUGGUUUAUUUGCGUAUGACUGUGGUCUCCUUAAAUCAAAUGGGUAAUUUAGACGUGGGCCUCUUUGCUCAAUGUGCCUAUAGAGGUAUUGGCUGCACCUCGCUGAUGAGGCCAAAUGAAAGCCAGAAAGAUGAUCUGAGGUUGUUUUAUAACUAAUGCAUAGGGAUCCUGCCGACAUUUUGGUUUUGCAAUGUGCUGGUGGUGGGAUUAGUCUGAUAUUCAAAUGGUAUAGGUUUCUUCUUAAAGGCUCAAGUGAGCUGAAACAUUAGACUUGAGAGAAGACAAACUAAAGGGCCAGCUGCUUAGUUUUUUUCUUGUUCUCAGUAUUCUUCCAUUUUUUUUUUUUUGUUUAUCUACAGAAUUAAUUUUUUUUUUUAAUUUUUUUUUUUACAGGGUUUAUUUUUUUAUUUCUUUAUUUUUUGUGCAGAGUUGGUAGAAAGAUACCAUAUUUAUGACCCAUUUGCACAAACAGCUUGUAAAGUAGUGUGAGGUAAUUCCUCCUUCGGGGGGGAGGUCAGUCUAAGAACUAUAAUCACUUGGCACCCUGGACUGAGAAUUAGGCAGACAGAACACUUGGUUACGGGUAACAUUAUGUCCGUUUUGUUCCUGUAGGAUGCUCACGUCACACGAACAUCAUGGAAGAUAGCACAGUUGCAUGUGUGGCACACAAUUUGCCAACAACAAAAACAUAGCACACUUUACUAAUCCAUAUACACCCUAACUGUUCUAGGUUUAACAUGGCUUCCCCACAUCUGAGACAUCACAGAAAUGUCCUCAACCAGUGCAAUGUGAGUGUGUCGUUAGAUGUAAACUCAGAACACUGUGACUGCUCUCUAUGCUUAGGCUGCUCUAAAAUGGGACUAGCCACACAGGGUGUCUGUCAGCCUGCCAUGCAUGCCUGGUAAACUGGUGCUGUACCUUUUUCCAAUGUUUGGUGGACGCUAGUAAGGGAAUUGAAAUCUUUAUAAACUGUUACCAGUUGCAAUAUGGCUGCUUUCAGUUUAUAAUACAUUGCCAAUCAUCCUAGGUGGUGAUGGGAACUAUUCAUCAAAUAAAUCCCUGCUGUACAGGAGUUUAUAGUUUAAGAUCAGUCCACACAGACCUGAAUAACACUCUCCUGAUUGGAGCGUCUCCUUCUCAACAAGCAGCUGAGGAAUGCUUUGCAGGAACAUAUUUAUUUUAUUAGUACAUUGUUUAUGUAAUGCUUUAAACAUUGGAUAUUUUGUCACUAGAGACUACCCCAUAUAAUUGUAUAGAUAGUCUUAACAAGUGUAUUAACGUCGAUUUUUAUUUAUUUAUUUUUAAUUGUUUUAUUUUUGAUUUUUUUUUAAAAAGAGUUCUGCAUUAUUAGUUUACUUUUUUGUUUGCAAGUAAUUCCUGGUUAACAGACACACCUGGCAACCUUUGAUUCUAACUUGCUAAAGCAUGUACCAAUCAAAAGUACACAGGCUGUUAAACUGGCAUUUGCUGUUUCACAGGGACCAGGAGGUUUAGUUGGUAAACAAUUGUCAUGAAUUAAAGAGCAUUCCAAAAAUGACACCACAUUGGCACUUACUGAAAAUGACAAGUCAAAAAAAGUAAAAAAAACAAAAAAACAAAAAACAAACAUACAUACAUUGUGGUUAACUGUUUAGCGGGUAAACACUAUGAAAUGCUUUUUAAUUCUCACUCUUUCUGCAUAUGGUUUACCAAGUUGCAUAUAGCAAUUAAAAUUAGUGUGACAUUUUGUUUCUAGUGACAUAUGAAAUUCAAGUGGGUGUGUGAUGUUGUUAUUGAUAGUCUGUAAUAAAUAUAUAUAUAUAUAUAUAUAUAUAUAUAUAUAUAUAUAUAUAUAUAUAUAUAUAUAUAUAUAUAUAUAUAUAUAUAUAUAUAUAUAUAUACACAUACACAUACACGUAUCAGAUUUGAUGCAUACAUUGGCUUGCUUAACAGAGUUUUGCCCACCAGAAAAGCAUAUUAAAAGCUGCUGCAUGGCCAGUAGUACUUUAUUUCUUUUUUUUUUUUUCUUAUAAAUUUUUGUUUACACCUAAUACUUUUAAUGCACAGAUCGCUUUUGAGCGUGAAUAGGUUAAAAUAUGCCUAUUUACAUGGCUUAUGUUCUCCUCUCGGUGCCCAGUGUCAUAUGAGAGCUUUGUUCAUGCUGGGCUGGUGGUGACCGUAUUCUAUAAAUAGAAAGCACAUACAGCACCUAUUUUUCAUGACACUAACGUGCACAGUCUAGAAGGCUAUUACUAGUUAUCCCUCUGUGCAUCUGUCAUUUUCUAGGCUUUCUGCUGGUAGUGUGUCUCAUAGAAUUGGGUAUACAGUUACAAGAUUGAUAAUGUGAACAGAUCCUUCCAAUGGUGGCCGGAAUGUAGUUAUUCCAGAGCUAUGUCUUUGAAAACCUCUACGUGACUGUCCAUAGCUAAAUUACCAUUCAUUUCUGAGUCAUCACAAUCCUCCCUUUAAGAUCUGCAUUGUCCUUCAUUAUUGCUGGAACAAGAUAUUUGAUUUCUGCUUACACCUUAAAUUUGCAUUGCUUGCUAGCCAAUCAUCUAUGAAAUCACAUUCUGAAUGUGAUCUGUGCUAAGACUGCUAUUUACUGGAGCUCGCCCAGCAAAGAUUAUAGAUGGCCUCACUGUACUCUAUAUUAUUAAAAGAGGGCUUAUUCACAAAAUGGGGAUUUCUUAUUGCCAAAUAUGCUUUAAAAAAAAAAAAAAAGUGUAGGCCUGUGUCAAGGGAAACUUGGUGAUGUUGAAGUAUUUAAAGAUUUGGUGUGGACGUAUACUGCAGUGCUGGUGGACCUUGGGUGCCAAUGAGACAUCUGCUUUUUUGUCAGCUAGGUAACGGUUUGAUAAAACCUGGACUGCACUGGUCUUCUGGCACCAUAAGGUAAUAGAAAAGGGGAUCAGAGAGGCUUGGGACAUUUGAGAGUUAAAAAGCCUGGACAACUGUACUUAGUUGGGAAACCAGUGUUGACUGACAGAAAUAGAGAUUAAAAGAAGUUACUGUACUGUACUAAAUAAACCAAUCAUUAUUUUGGGACUGUGGGUUUUCUACUGUCCAUUAGGGAGUACUCGCCUCCUUCCCAGUACCAGGACUCCUCUGCAGCAGCCUCUAGCUCCGCCUCCGGUGAUGUCAGUAUCCUAUCGGACAUCACCCACUACGAUCACCUCCGAUCAACUGCGUCUCAUAGAAAAGCUAGGGACUGGAGAUGUGCUAGCCAAAUGCAGCACUCCUACAAUCAAAUGCCAUCAGCAGCAUUUGAUUCACAGACCAGGCUUUACCCAGUAUGCAGGAGGAAGCCCCUCUAGUUUCUUUAGGAAGACAGCCAUUAGAGGUGUAUUUAACCCUGCAAUAUAAACAUUGCAGUUCUCUUUAAAAUAAGCAAAGCAAAAAAUCUGUUUUACAUUGCAGGGUUAAAGUGACAGGACGUCUUCACCCAGACUAUGUCAAGGAGAUUAAGUGGUCUGGGUGAUUAUAGUGUUCCCUUAAGGACCAUACUUCUGGAAUAAAAGGGAAUCAUGACAUGUCACACAUGUCAUGUGUCCUUAAGGGAUUAAAGUGUAGCGUCAGGAAUGCUAAUCUGUAUUCCUAAUGCUAUUGUGUCCCAGUGCUUGAUUCAUUUUUGGUUUCCUUCUUCCACCUCUUGCAACAUCAACGAGCUCUUUAGCCGAAGGUCCAAUCCAAUGUUCCUCAUAGAGAAGCAUUGGGGACUUAUGCACAUGCAUCGACACAAUAAAGGUGUGUAACAUUGCAAUGUUUAACAUUCCAGGGUUAAAACUACAGGUCCCCUGCGCCCAGACCACUCUAUUAAGUUGAAGUAGUUUGUGUGCCUUUUAGUGGUCCUUUAAUAAGAACACUUUAUCUUGAAGUGCCAUUGUCACCCUUCCCCCAAGUGUGUAUUUCAUAAAAAUAUAUGACUUAAAUACUCACAUUGGCUGUUUUUGAAUAUUCAUAAAAUUCAAAUGCCGUAAGACAGAGCAGUGACUAUUUUGUCAUAUUAUUUGUUUCUACACUUGAUAAAUGGUGGAGCUAUCUUUGUCUGGAGUCUUCAGUAAAUUAUGGACAUGUAAAUUAUCAUUUUGGAUAUUUAUAAGAAUGUCCUCAAGAAAUCUAGCUUUCUAAAUAUCUCAGAAAUCAAGUUCUAGCAUGUAUGAAUAGCCACAAUAAAUGGCAAGCUAUAUGAAAGACAUGUGAUGUCCGCAUCAGAUGUUUCUGAUUUCUUUCAUCCUAUGGAAGACUGGCAUUAAUUUAGUAAAUAAAUAAUCUUGCUUGAGAACUGUAGCGGAGCUCCCUGUACCCCGGCUGGGUACCUCCGCCAAGGACCGCUUCCUAGCUUGAACAGGGGACAAACCGCAGCACUUCCGCCCACAGUCGCCGUGGCUUGACUGGGGUCCUGAAUGCGCUACCUCCUAGAGUCAAAUGGGGAAUUCGGUCUAGACACCCCCAGGCACUGGACGACACUCAGUCCUGGGAGCUCUAGUCCUUACAAGGACUUUCCCCCUUUGAAUCCUCCACACUGGAACAGUGAUUAAAGGAUAGCCCUUUCCCCUCCCAGUAGCCAGGCGACACUGUUCUGGGAGUACAAGCUGGAAUACUUUAAUGGCAGCCACAACUGGCCUUAUAUACAUGUCCCCAUGCAAGGGGCACUCCCCUUUGGACCUGAGAGUAAACCACAGUAAAAACAAAUACACAAUUACAUUGGCUCUCAGGUCCAGGACACUCCCAUACAAAAUCAGAUAAUCCCUCCUCUGUGCCUGGGAGAUAAUUGGAUCAGGAAUUGUACUAAUCUAAUCCAAUUAUCUCCAUCACAGAAAAAAAGUACUUUUUACCAAAAGUACCCUAAAAAUACAUAAACCCCCCCACAAAAGUUACAUUCCCUGAUAGCCCUGAUCUGGGUGACCAACAUAUCCAAAAAUCACCCAGGUCAGUUCAGGGGUUCAGGAAUUUCAUGGAAAUCAUUUAUUUGACCAACCACAUGCAUGGUCCCAUGCCCAAAACAGUUCCAUAGAAUCAGAGCUUGUGGUCGGUCUAGUUCGGUAGUUUAAAAAAAACAAAAAACUACUGAAUGGAAUCCAUAGUUCUACCGUGGAGCUUGUUCACCUUAUUCAGACGAAUGUUAUAAAACCGAACACAGGCGAUCAUGCAAGUCCAGCGGUGUCCGGGAGUUUUAGUAUCAUGUCGAAUCAUGUCGAAUCAGAAUUGGUUCUAUCUCUUCCGUUUUGCAGCAACAUCCAGCUGCACAUAACGGUUCACGGUUUCCUAGCUGCUAAAUUAUAUUCCUGGGUUCAAUUGGUGCAUAUACCAGAUCAGUCAAUGCUGAGUAUCAUUUAUAGUUGAUUUUAUGUACUACAGUUAUACUAUUGUCUGUGGUCUCUGUGACUAUCUGUGGUUUAUAUCUUUAUGGUGCAUAUAUUUUUAAGCUUGCCUAGAGUUUAUUUUGGAGGAAAAUCCCAUGUGGAAAGCUAGGUUUCUAUAUCACUUGAGAUAAUUUUGCUUUGUACUUCACUUUUUAGAUUUUGUACACUAUUUAUUCUAUGUAUUAGUUUUUAUAUACUGAUAAAUGUUCCAGCAUUAUAUGUACCUUUCUUCUACCAACUGAGUAUGCUGUAAUGUCGGAGCUUGAUUUCAUUGUAUGAAUUAGUCAGUGGAUACCAUUUGCCAUUUUAUUGAAGAGUGAAAUUUACUGGAGAUAAUUUUCAGAAUGUUCACCCUGGACCUGAUAUUGUAAACCUUCUCAUAUUAUAUUUAACAUAUUUCCAGUGCCAUGCGUGUCCUGCUCUCCAAGCUGCCUCGACCGUGGAUUGUAGAUGAGAAGAAAGAUGAUGGAUACACCGCCUUGCACUUGGCAGCUCUCAAUAAUCACGUUGAAGUAGCUGAAUUGCUGGUUCACCAGGUAGGACCUCUUUUUAUGGAAAAUGAAAAAUAAAAUGAAAUGUUGAACUCUGCACCUCUUUCACAUCUUGCAGAUUGUCAUGAUUGUUAUAAUUUCAUACUGCCCAAAAAAUAAGUAUUGGCUAGAAUCCUUAGUAUGACACAACAUUUUCUGUUUACUUGCUAAUAGAAUGAUGGUUGGAAUUAUAUUGUCUGUAUAUAUAAAAUUUCACCAUGUCAUUUAGUACGAAAGUGCAGUUUAAAAAGACAUGCUUUUCUUUACUUUAAAGGGCUACUUCAACCAAAAACCAAUGUUUUUUGUUAAAAUAACCCUUGCUAUCCUGGUUCCCUCCCUAAAAAAAUUACCGGGAGAGGGAGCUUAAACUCACCACCAAUCUUUGUGAGGCCAAGUUGUAAAUCAGCCCAAUCCUCCUCCUCUGAUGUCCCUCUUCCUUGGAUGUCAGAGAGGGCACACUGAGAGGAAGAAAUGGGCGACACAGUGGGGUGUGCUGCCACGGACGAACAUGCCUCACCGAAGAAGGCCGAAACAAUCGUCCAGGUUGCUUUAUUUCACGUGCAGACAGAGACCUUGACAGUAUUUUGGUCCUGGACUGCCCUCGUGGGUAGAUCAGUCUGACAUGCAAAUGGUAUAGGUUCUCUUUGUAAUAGCACCAAUGCACAAACAAAUUUUUGAAACCUGAGUAGAACUAACUGAUGGGCAGUCUACUGGGUUUCUCUAAGCUUUUCCCAUUCUCAGAGUUCUCCUAUUCUCUGUUUUUGUUGUAAACAUACAUCAUACCGCAUGCCUUUUAUUUGUAUUUAUUAUCUUUUCUUCCUUUGCACUGGGUCCAAUAUCUGAAUGCAGCCAUUUUGUUUUCCUCUGUCCGUAAUGUCUGCAGUUUGCCCCUCUGUGGGAUUUUUUUGACUGAUGGAUUGUGGGUAAAUUAGCUUAGCAACUGAAAUGAAUCUCUGCUUAAGUUCUGCGCAUUCCAAAAAUGACAUCCCCUAUAGGAAAAGUAGUUCCUACUUUUUCUUAUGGAUAAAUAAAACACAAUGUUGAAUUAAAAAAAUAAAUAAAUAUAUAUAUAUAUAUAUUUUAUAAAACCAAGGGGAAAUGGUAAGAUAGUGCUGACUUUAACAAGAGAAUUCAGAAACCAUCGAGACAAAUUGUUGAUAUUAAAUUGUCUUUCCUUUACAGUAAGCUCAGCUUACACCUUACUGAGUCAUUCCUUUAUAUCAGGCUUGGGCAACACCUUUUGUAAUAGUCAAAACAUUAGACAUUUUAUUUUGUUUUCUUCUUCUUCUGCCUAAAUGUCAUCUCCUUCCAGCUGAUUUUUUAUUUUAAUUAUUUAGAAUCCCUAUGCUUGCAGUGCUAUUUGUAAGGCAAAUCCUGCUGUUUUGUUUGCACAUUUUAUUUCAACCCACACAGAAACACAUACUUUGUUGCUACAUAACAAAUAUAGUGCUUAUUCAUAAACACAUUUAUGAAUUCUUAAUGGAACCUUUUUAAAUCUUAAUAUCAUGUGUGACAAUAUAGUAAUGUGGUUUAAAUGUAUAUAAAGAUAUUGGUAUUUAUAUUUCUUUCCCCUUUAUAUAAAAUCAAAAUGGCCUAUUGAGCAGUUAUGCCAAUUCCUUUGUAAUACAGAAAGACACUGUUUUUCACAGUCAAAAAAAGAAAAGAAAAAGUUUAACACAAAGUAAGGUUUUACAAAUGACUACAAGUGAAUUAAUAUUGCAUGAUUAGUGGGAUCAUAAAAUAAUUAGAGGUUACAGAAUCGUACUGUAUUAAAUUGUGCUUCAACUCUUCUGUUCAGGGAAGUGCAAACUUGGACAUUCAGAAUGUAAACCAGCAGACGGCACUUCACUUGGCUGUUGAACGUCAGCAUACACAAAUUGUCCGGGUAAGAAGGCAUGUUAAUGGCUAUCAGUCUAACAUGAUGCAUUAUCAUGGAUCAGUGGUUAAUAUAACAAACUGGCUACUCAAACUACUCACAAAAAAUACUCUAAGCACCAUAACCACUACAGCACAGAAUUACCAGGCACCCCUCGAUUGUAAGUAGUCAAACAGUUUUAGAAUGGUUUGAUUUCUUACCUGCUGUCUACCGAGUUCCACUCCCCACCUCCACUUACUCAGAAGCUUUCUGUCUGAGCUGCACCACUGCACUGCAGGGCUUAGCGACAGAGAGCAAACAGAAGUUCCUGCUUAGGUAGCGGUUAUGAUGCUUGAAGUGGUUUUAUAAUAUGACUUUAUUACAAAAAUAUAUUUAUAUUUACUUAUUCAAAAUAAAUAGUAUUUCUUAGAGUAGUAUUCAAAUUAAUAUGUUGUAUGUGUAUUAAUAAUUAUAUGUGUAUGUAUUAUAAGCAUAUUUUUCUAUAUAUCAUUAUGUUUAUGGUAUGUACACAAACAUUUCUAUAAUACACAUGCAUGUUGCAUGGGCUUCAUACUCCGCAAAUGGUUAUUCAUUGAUCACCAAAUUGAAGCAAAGGAAAAUUCAAAAGACAUUAUUUAGACCAAAAUGGCUGAUUAGGAAAAAUCUUUAAUUUUAACUAAAACCACACCGUGGUUAUUUUAGCCAACAUUUAGCAUUUUAGACCUUUGUAUACAAGAUUUAGGGAAUAAUUCAUGACCUUCCAUUCCUUCUAUUUACUCUAGCCCUAUAAUAUAUUUAAUGAGGCAGGUACUCAUAAGACUAAGUUACUCCAAGGACCAUGACUACUUUAGUAUUUAGAAGUGGUCAUGGUGUAAGGACCCUGUAUGUGCAGUGUUAUAGUAUGAAAUGCUGGACAUAUUUAAAUAGUUCAUGUUGGUGCCAUAGUUCUAACUCUGGAAAUGGCAGCUUACAAUAGCCAGCCCGGAAAAAGCAUUGAUGGCUAAUGUUAAUUCUAAAUAUAUUCCAUGCACAGAGGUUCAAUCAUUGGCUGACUGCAAAUUAAUAAAUGAAUGUCAGGUUCGGCACCUAAAUUCUGCAGCUCUGUAGAAGCCAGAUGUCAUUCAGCUGGCUUGAUCGGAGGCUCAGUGCCCGACGGAACUUGCCACUUACCAAAAACAUUCCCAUAAAUACUUUGCAUUCUUUAUUGCCCUACCGAACACUGAUAUAUCAAACUAAACAAAAUAACUUUUUAAUGCAGUUGUGGAACAGUAUACAGUCAAUUGUUGUUUUUGUUUUUUUUAUUAGUGGACAUUUCAAGACAUGUCAAGGUAAUGGGCCUGUAAUAUAUACUCUUGUUACACCCCUAUGUAGGCAAGCAAGUUUUCUGUUUUGCAAGAAUAUGUUUAAUCAUAUAUAUGCACAUAUUUUAUACAAUCCAACUACUAUACAUUUUCUAAAGAGAUGUAGACAAUUUGACCACAUGAUGGAAAACGCAAGCACAAGUUAUCUGUUUUUCUCAAAAAAUUUUUUAAAGGGACUCUAUAGGCACCCAGACCACAUCAGCUCAUUGAAGUGGUCUAGGUGCACUCUCCCACCAUCAUUAUACCUGCAAAGCUAAUUACUGCAGUUUUUUCUAAAUGGCAAUAAUUGGCUUUCUCAAGUAACUCCACCCUUAGUGGCUCUGCACCAGACAGCCACUAAAGGGACUUCCGGGCUGUUAGGCUUCACCAGAAUCCCCAUAGGAAAGCAUUAUAUAAUGCUUUCCUAUAGAGAAACCCUAAUACGAGUGCAGCCAUUGUCGCGCAUGCACAUUAGAUCUCUCCAUCCGGCUGACGUCAGCAGGGUAGGAGAGGAAGGGGACGCAGGUAAGUGACAGAAGGGGUGGAGACUAUAGGAAGCUAUAGUGUCAGUAAAAAACUACUUUGUUUUCUUGGCACUUUAGUUUCCCUUUAAGAAAAAAAUAUUAUAUGGUAUGCUUUCUUACGUGGCAGAAUCAUUCCAGUCACAUUAAUGGCCAAAGCUGCGUGAACAUAACCAUUUCAGCAGGGUAUCGUGAUUUGUUAUGAACCCUAAUAUUUUUACUUUGUAAUGUAAUACACAUGCAUGUUGCAUUUUUACAUGUAUUCCUGACCCUAUAGAGUUAAAACCACCAUCUAGCCCCCCUGGGCCCCUCAUGCCUCCAUAAAUAUAGUAAAAAUCUUACUGUAUUCAAGCCUGAAGCUGUAACUCUGCAUGCUGUUAGACUCAAAAAAACAAGUAGUCUGCUGACAUCAUCAGAAGUGGUAGCCUGAUCCAAUCACAGUGGUUCCCCAUACGAUUGGCUGAGACUGACAAGGAGGCAGAUCAGGGGCAGAGCCAGCAUCAUUCAAACACAGCCCUGGCCAAUCAGCAUCUCCUCAUAGAGAUUAAUUGAAUCAAUGAAUCUCUAUGAGGAAAGUUCAGUGUCUGCAUGCAGAGGGAGGAGACACUGAAUGUUUGGAUGCAUUUUAGGCAGCCAUGACCCAGGAAGGACCUCUAACAGCCAUCUGAGGAGUGGCCGGUGAAGGUAUCACUUAGCUGUAACGAUCGUUGAGAUCUCCACCCACAUGUUCUUCCACUUGUUUUUAGGAAGUGUCAUAUUCUGCAUUCUGGUGUCAGCUGCUGGAGACAAAUAACUCUCAAUGCUACAUUUGUUUUUUCAGCUGCUAGUACGAGCAGAAGCUAAAUUGGAUAUCCAAGAUAAAGAUGGUGACACUCCUCUACAUGAAGCUCUUAGACAUCAUACAUUAUCCCAACUGCGCCAGCUCCAGGAUAUGCAGGACGUUGGGAAAGUAGACACUAAUUGGGAGCCGUCAAAGAACACUGUGAGCAUUGGAAUCUCCAUUAUAUCUACCCUUUGUUUAAUACAUAUAUAGCAUAGUAAAGUGUAUCUUGUUUAUUAACAACAAAGCAAAUGGCUUGCACAGUUUUAGCACGGUAACAUGGUUUUGGAAGCCCACAAACCAUUUAAAGUAUGUUUUUUAAUUGUUGGACUUUUGUAAUCCAUUUUCUUUUUUUAUUAAAGAGAAACGCUGUGUCAAACAUACAUGUAUUAUUUGAAUGCAUAUAUUUAAUUGUUGCAAAAAAAAAAAUACAUUCCCCAAGCCCUCAAAUCUUACUUUUCAUUAGCUGUGGAAUUGACCUCUUUAGCUAAUGAUAAUCCACCCAAAUAUUGUCUAGCACUUACUUUGUGCUAUACGGUGUCCAGUAAAAUGCUUCUUCUGUCUAUCAUAGAGAUAGCCUUGAGGGCAGAUUUCAGAUCUCCAGUCCAAAGCUUACCAAAGAGCAAGAGAUGGGUGGUUUUAUUUAGAUUUAUGGAUUCAUAUUAAAUAUAUGUAUACUUAUUUUUUAUUUUUUUUAAUGUGAAUCCAAAUGACAUCUAGAUAAAACCACCUAUUUCUUUCUCUUUGGGAAGCUUUGGACUGGAGAUCUGUCUCCAAGUCUUCUCUUCUCAAUGCUAUCUCUGUGAUUGAUAAUAGAGUCUGCAAAACUUUUCACGUAAUAUCACAAAAAUCAGCUUUGGUGCUUACCCACACUGUGUGAAUAUAGGAAGAACGGCCACAGUCCUAAGAUUUAUAUUUAUUAAAUUUUUUUGUGUUAAGGCCCUACGAGUGCUGUCAUUUUUUCUAUAUAGAUAUAUAUGUAUGUAUAUAGAUGGAUAGAGAACCCAUGCAUUGUCUGAGUCACACUGACUUCUGCUCUGAAUUGCAGUUCAAAGAAACUGAGGCUGUUAACCCCUAUAGGUGACUGUAGUGUCCCUUUAAAGGCUCAAUAUAAGCAGCAAAACCACUACAUGUAUUUGUUGUUAUGGUGCAUAGAUGCUCUCAAUGUAAAACACUGGCAUUUUUGGGAAAGGCAUUGUAUACUUUUUUUCCUAGAACACUCCUCUUGUGACUGUGAGACAGACUGUCCUUAAAAACAUAAAUUUUCAAACAUCUUGACUGUUGGGUUCAGUGCUAUUUGAUCACAGCAAUUUUUUUUUAAUGCACCAUACUUAAUUUGAUGUUUUGAAGAACGAAAAAAAAAAAAAAAUAUAUAUAUAUAAAUAUAGUUUCUCAGCCUGGAAACGGUUUGACCCAGAACCAAGGGAUUGGAACUGCAACCUAGGAACACUAUAAACACUACAAAGACAUCAUUUCCUUUCAAGGACCUGCAUUCUCCAGAUGGAAGGGGUAUCUUGGCCAGUGAUUAGAAAAAAAGCAAAGAACCAACGACCUAUUAAAAUAUGUGUGGUGUUAUCUGAGAAUUUAACUAACCGCCCAAUGACUAUUGUGGUUUAUAUUUUACAGUUGAUUAUGGGUCUUGGAACCCAGGGAGCAGAGAAGAAAAGUGCGGCUUCCAUAGCCUGCUUCCUUGCUGCAAAUGGAGCAGAUCUCACUAUUCGUAACAAAAAAGGACAGUCUCCACUGGAUCUCUGCCCUGACCCCAGCCUUUGCAAAGCAUUGUCUAAGUGCCAUAAGGAAAAAUCAAGGUAUAUAUUAUGCAUGACUUCAGUGGUAUAUGUCAUCAUUAUUAAGAAUAUAGAGCAGAGGUUAUUUAAAUGUAUUCAUUCCAUAUAAUGGAAUAUUGAAAGGAUUUUAUUUUUACCUAACAUUUUGCUCUAAAGACUUAUGUAAAAAUGUUCUAUAGCACAUACUUCUACAUAUAAUAUUUCAUCACAUUCAAAUUGGAUCCUGUUCAGCAUCCUGCAUAUAUGAUGAUCAUUUUUAGUACAUUGUUUCUCAUUAAUUUUGAGUUGUAUUUUUACAUGUAAAAAAAAUUAGAUUUAUUUUAAAAUCUAAUUUGCAAAAUAUGUAUUCGCAAAUAAUAUUUGGUCUGUGGCCUGAAGGUAUAAAAUGCUGCUGAGGAUCUUAGAAGUGGCGAUAAAAGGCCAAGCAAUUCUGCACUCUGUACAGAUCUGAUCUAUUGAUCCAUUUUUAUUUUAAGGAGUCGCAUGUAAGUGGUAAAGUAACAGCAUGCAGCAUCCAAAGAGAUUAACUUCCGCAUCUCUGCUUUCUAAACUGCACGUCCAGCGAUAUUUUCAUUUUUAUGCCGUGGUAGUUGUAAACCCAGCACACAUGACUUGGGCAGCUCUGCUGUUUAAUGCUAAUUUUGUGCAAAUAUUAUGUCUUUUGUCAUAAUUGCAGAAAUAAUGAGCUGUAUCCUGCUAGGAUUGCACCUGCAAGGGGAAGCUUACGUUUCCAUUUCCACCCUGCCUCCCAAUAUUUAUCUUUCCUCUGUUUUUGUUGUUGUUGUUGUUUUUUUAAUAUCUUCAAAUUUUUUUUUUAUUUUUUUUUCUUGCCUUUCCUAUUUUACCAUGCCAAUGACACUGCACAUUAUUUUUCUACUGCAGAAAAAGAGAAUUCAUGCCAGGUAACUUAAUGUGGCAGUGUCACUAAAUUGUCUACCCAUCUCUCAGCCUUCAAAUGGCUCGGCUAACUCCCUUAUUGAUAUAUGGCUAGUCCUGCCAUGUCUUCAGUUAUGGCACUACCAUAUUAGCAUUUAUUAGCUGACAAUUGCCAGGAGGACCUUUGUUGACUCCACACACAGAACUGAUGACGCAACGCUCCUGGAAGUCAAUCUACGCUGGAAGGAGGUGAGUACAAAGUUAAUAAUCAAUGACAAAGGACGUGGAGUUUAAAUGACGCUCAAUAUUUUGUCAAAUUGCAGGUUAUACAUAAGGAAAAGUAUUUCCUGUUUAUGUAUAACCUUUAAAAAAUUAAUCAUAAUUUUAUUUUUAUUUUUAAUGACUGCCACCGGUCACAUCUGCUUUACAUCUUGGACCCCUUUUUUUUUGUAAAUAUCAUUCUUUGUCCACUGUAGGAGUAUAUGCUAAUCACAGUAGAUGUGUAACUUCCCUCCCCCAAUUUGAUUCUAUUUCAGUGGUCAAGUGGGAUCCCAUAGUCCAUCAAUGAUCAACAAUGAUUCUGAGACUCUGGAAGAGUGCAUGGUCUGUUCUGAUUUGAAGAGAGAUACUCUCUUUGGUCCAUGUGGACAUGUUGCCACCUGUUCUCUGUGUUCUCCACGCGUGAAAAAAUGUCUCAUAUGUAAAGAGCAAGUACAGUCUAGGACCAAGGUAAUUAUUCAUUAUUUUAUCUCCAGUAUAUUUUGGUUUUCCCAAUAGUAAAUUUGUGAUGUAGGUAAUUUGCUAAAAUAUGGCUAGGUUUAAGUUUAUUUUGUUUUUUUCUGCUGUGUAUUUAUAUAUUCAUGAAUUGCAUGUGUAAUUUUUUUUGUUUGUUUAAGCAAGCUAUCCAGAUUUAUUUUUUACUUGUAUAUUUUUUAGUGUUUUAUCAUGAUAGCAUAUCUAAGUUACACCCUACAGAAAAUAUUUGGAGCACAAAAAUGCCCUUCCUGACUCCUCCUAUCAUAAUGAAAAGAGCGACAAGCUAGAAAGUGUUCAAAUAGUUGUAUGAUUUUCCAGAAAACAAGUGCUUUGGGUUUAUAAAGCUAUGGAGUAAUGUGCACAGGCCAGAUAGACCUUCUGUUGUGUCUACAUUCACUCUUUAUGAAUGAAGUAUUGGUGUGACAUUUGAACGUGUGUUCGUUAAUCCAUGGUAUCAAUCAAAUGGAAUAUACACUGAAGCUCUGUUGUCAGAGUACAUGUUUUGUUUCAUUGUUGCCUUUGGGUAAAACUUGGUGAGCAUGUAAUGUUAUACACACAUUCUCACAAAUCCUCAAACAUCAGGGAUGAGCGAUUGACUGGAGUAACAGAGCCAGUUCAUGUGUAAAGAUGAAAAAUAAUGCAGUGCAGAUUACAGAGGGCAUGUCCGUGAGAAGCUAAAAGCUGUUUUUAAAUGAAUUACAUAAAUGUGUUACUGAUGGUUAAUUCGCCAUGUGUGUCCAUUCACAUGUGAGGGAUUUAACCCCUUAAGGACCAAACUUCUGGAAUAAACGGGAAUCAUGACAUGUCUCACAUGUCAUGUUUCCUUAAGGGGUUAAAGCAUGUUGCGGUAGGCAAUCAGUGCUCUUUCUAAAUAUCCCAAGAAUUUGCAUUUGUCUACUUGUCCUGUUUACGUUUAUAAUGAACAUUUUUUUUUUUUUUAUUCUAAACAAAUAUUCUCUGUUACAGUAUCUUUGAUUUUUAUUAUUUUAUUACAAUACAGAUUGAGGAAUGUGUUGUCUGCUCAGACAAGAAAGCCGCUGUUCUUUUUCAGCCGUGUGGCCACAUGUGUGCUUGUGAAAGUAAGUCCUAUUAUUUGCGCUGUCACAUUCUUAAGAUGCUGCACUUGGUAUUUUUGUGAGUGCCAGGCCAGCAAUAAGCAUAGUAAAAUCCGUUACAGAAUAAUAUGAUUCUAUGAUCUGAUUAGUCUCUUAACAUUUUAAUUAACCAUUUUAGAAAUAUGAAAGGGUAUAUUACAUGUUUGUGCAUGGGACUGCAAGUAAUAUAGAAUCUGUCUAUCUCAGAAAUCGGCACACACUUACGUACAAUAUUUUAUUACAAAACCUCAUUUACUUUUUUUGCUUGAAACUUUGAGCCAUGUUUCCCUGUUUUUGUGUGUCAGCGGGCUUCUGAUUAAUCACUCCUCGGAGCAAGUGUGAUCAAUAUUUUCAUUAAAGGAUUUUGCAACUGUUUGCAAAUUUUGUUUGGUCCCCCUGGGUGCCGAGCCUCCAAGAAUGGCAGCUGAGCUGUAUCUGUUUUUUGCUGAGCUGGAGUAGCUAGUUGUCGAUACUGCUGUGCAUUCAUUGGCUGAGAGCUCCAUCUGAAUUCUCAUAUCCAAUGAAUGAACACCUGUUCAUAGAAUAUACACAGAAUAAACAUGUUUUAGCCUAGAUUUGAACAGGCUAAUGAAAAUUGCUCAAGGUGGCGUUACACCUACGGCAGCAACAAUAAAUAUCUCUCUAUAUGCAGUGUUUCAUAUUCAAACGCUGCACAUGCAGGGUCCUUGCACAAUGGCUGCCACGAAACACUUAAAGAUUUUGAAUCCUAUAAUGAACAACAUUGUACCAGCUGGUAAAAUAUUAAUAUACUUUGUACAAUAAGAUUCAGACAUCUUAUUUUGCCGUACUCUAUAGAUUUGGAGUAGCAGCAAUGCUCUGGGUCACCAGAUCUGUCUGAAAGGCAAUACCAGGUUCUCCACCUGUAAAGCAAUGGAUAAUCACAAUAGUCAGCCCCCGUGUAGGGAGAAAAAACACUUGAAUUAGUUUUAGAAAUAAUAAACAAAUUUAAAAAAUAGUGAGAGUUCAAAGUGAAUUUCAAACUUAAAAUCAAAAUUGGCAAACUGGAGAAAUCAGCUAUGCUUUGUUAGGAUACUCUGGUCACUUAGAAUUUUCACUUUUGUAAAUACUGCUAAUACACUUUUCGUAACAUACAGGCACAUCCUCUGAGAAAAAUAAACUAUGAGCAAGUGCCUUAACAACGCUAAACCCAUAAGCUUCCAAUCUCUUCUGAUUUUAAUUAUAUUCAUACCGACUGAGGAAUUUUUCCUUUCCCACGUUUGGGCUGGCGAUCAUGAUUAUCUAUUAAUAUACUUUUCAAUGAGUUGCUCAUUAGUCUUCUACCUGUGUGAAACAUUUUCCUUCCUUAUGUGGCUUGCACAAUAUAUAGGUACAAAUUCUUUCUAAUAUUAAGUAAUCCUGUUUGUGGGAUGACAGGUCCUCUGUUUGUUUUGAAAUUCCUGUGAUGGGAGUUCACAGAGCCUUGAGCCACACAUGCUUUAUAGUGUUAUUUGUAGGUAACAAUGAUAGCAAUUCUUUGUCUGCACCUGUCUUGAAAAUCUAUUCCACCAGUUUUAUCCAUCUUUUUAGUACCAAUGCUGCACAAAUUUUCACAAUAAUUUUCUUUUCCUAGUGACUAAUUGCAUGUUUUAUAUAGUCUUAUUGUGAAAAUUUUGGUAAACAUUUUGAUUUGGUUUGCAGAUUGUGCAAGUCUGAUGAAGAAAUGUGUUCAGUGUCGUGCUGUGGUUGAGCGCAGAGUGCCUUUCGUUAUGUGCUGUACUGGAAAGGGUACAGAAGAUGUCACAGAUGAUAUUGGUAUGUUACAUUACUUAUGACCUUUAAAGAUAUAGAAGCCUUCUCCAAGGUCACUGUUUUUAUUGUUCAUUUCAAACUUUUUUAGGUAAAUGUUACUAAUAAAAUAUAUAUGUAUACUAUAGCUGAACUCCUUUGUCUGAAUCUGUUGUACAAGGUGUUUCAAAAAAAAUCUGUAUAAGUGGGUUGGUAUGGAGCUUAUAAAAGCAGGUGUUGAAGAGAAUGUCAGACAUUGCCUAGAGCUUUACGUGUGUCAGAUACCAUUAAAUUAAAAUACAUAUAUAUAUUUUUUUUAAUUAAUAUUAGGAAAGCUUGUGUUCGUGUCCACAGCAUUAUUGAAAACAUUAGUCCUGAGACUACCCUGCACACACUUUUACAUAAUCUAACCUAUCAGACAGUCAGAAUAUUAUCUUCUCUGCUGCCUGUGUCUAUUUUGCCCAAGUUGUGCAUGUGGAGUGCUCUCUUUUCACAAACUCACUACAGACCUGCCAAUUGCUGUACAUAAACGCGGCUAGGAAAACUGAGACACAAGCUGUGUUUAAACUGAUAGCAGGCGCGUUAUGGCUUCUGUCAGUUUAUCAACAUCCACUAAGUUGGCAAUACUGUCAAAUAUUGUACAUAUUUUAUGCACUGCAUUUAAAAUAAAAGUUCUAAAAAAAUUAAAAAAAGACCUACAACCAUACCUUCCUCUGGGAAGGCUAUUCACUUUUGGGAGAAACAAGUCUCUUUGUUAGGGCUCCAUUUUGAACUCUUGAGUUUCAAACUGACUGAGUGAGCCAAAAAAAAAGCUAUCCUAUGCUAAGAUUUAAAAUAAUGUGGUUUAAUAGUGCUUUCUGUCCAUAUUAACUGAUUCCUCAAGCUGCUCUUGAAUUGUCUUGAAAGUCCUAUUUAAACAAUUCUUAACCCCAAAGUUCUGUUCAUUAGCAGGUGGGAACAUUCCAGUUUUACAAAAGGACAAGGACAAUACUAAUGUCAACGCCGAUGUGCAGAAGUUGCAGCAGCAGCUACAGGAUAUAAAAGAACAGGUAAACAUUCAUUAAAUUAUUAAUUAUGGCCUCUAUUUUUUAAUACAAAUUAUUUAAUAUUUUGAUGUUUUGUGAUAUAGCAAUAUAUUUUUGAUAUGUGAUAAUUUGAAGGGGAAAAACACAUUUUAAAAAUGUAUAAUAGAAUAUCAAAUCAUUUAAAAGGCUUCUUCAAAAAGAUUUGAACAAAGCCUAUAAAAGGAAAAAAACACAAGCAGUUUAGUAAGUAAAACUGAACUGAAAGCAAAGCUAAUUUUAGAGACAAUUUUCAUUUAUUAAAAACAAAAGUCUAGUAUUAUAAGAAAGCAUGUCAACACCAUAGUUUUUCAUCUCACUCAGAUUCAAACAAUUAUUCACUUUGUUUUAUGCCAUUAUGAAUCAAUAAUUGGUGUAACUAUUCUUUUUCUUACAGACUAUGUGUCCUGUUUGUUUGGAUCGUCUGAAGAAUAUGAUCUUCAUGUGCGGCCAUGGAACAUGUCAGCUUUGUGGAGAUCGAAUGAGUGAAUGCCCCAUUUGUCGGAAGGCCAUAGAACGAAGAAUUUUAUUGUACUAGACUCAAACAUUGUUUAAUAUUUUAUGUUGCUUUUCUGUAUAUAGCUUUCCAAACUGUUACUGUAAUUGUGGCACAUUCUAUGACUGUGAUUUGAGUAAAACAAAACAGACAAGAAUGCCUCGGGCUUACCUUGGAGAAAUGUGCCAUUUCACAUUCUAUAAAUUCCCUUUUAGAGCUAUCACCAAAAUAAUAUUUGUGAGAUUAUAGAGUGCGUGCAGUUAUUUAUUUUCAAGCAAAAGUCCACUGCCUUAGUCUUCUGAAAUUGCUUGGAAAGUGUUGUUUAGUUGGGGCUUUAUUCCUUUCAUUAUAAUAUUUUUGUUGAUAGCUGAGGAAUGGUAGCCAAUUGAAUGCCUUAUUUUGGUGAUUUGAACAUGUCAAAUGUUUAAAUUCUGUUUGAUUUCUUGUAAAGAAGAAGUGUUCCCUUUAAACCAAUCUCUGCAAACAAAUUAACCAGGCUCAGAUUAAAGAGUUGUUAAGUAUUAUUACUUAAUCUAUCUCUGCUCAAGCAGGCCUAAUUAUAAAUCAAGAACUUUUUUUUGCAUGCCCUGCGGACUGGAGUUGAUUAUCAUUGCGUUAGCUUCUGGAAUCCUUUUAAAAAUGAGUAAUGGAAUUUCUUUUAUUCAUUUUCAGAUACAGUAUGUCUUGUUAGGAGAGAGAAAACCUUCAUAUAACGAAACUGAGAUGUUGAGUCCCAAAGAGAGAAAAAAAGAAGCUAACUUGAUAUUUCAUGAGAUAACUGCAUUCUAUAAUAUUGACAGUGAAUGUAAACAUGUCAAAUCCUGAGCUGGUCCCCAGUGAAUUUUCCUUCCUUCCUUUCCUUUUCAACACUACUUUUUUUUGGGGGUGGGGGGGGGGGUGAAGAGGGGGGUUUGAUUUACUUGUUGAAAUCACCAAGGAAGAAGUUCAAAUAUUAUAAAUGGCAACAGAGACGCCACUUGUAAGUUUGUUGAUCAUCAAGCGUUUUCAUUUUGUCAUGUAUAUAUCUUCUCUCAUGUUAACUUGCAUUCUCCCCCCAUAUCCUCAUAUCCUACAAUGCAUUUUUUGCUGAAUAUGCCAACAAUAUUCAAAAUGAGAAAAUACUCUAGUUCAGUGCUAUUUUAGUUUACUGUUUGUUUUUGAGUGGGCUUUGUUUUGUUUAGGCUUUCAAUAUAGUAUAAUCCAUUAGGGAUUGAAAAUAAUACAAUGAUAUGGUUUUAGGCAGGCCUUAGACCAUAGUACCAUUCUCAGGCUGCAUGCAGCUUAUACAAUAUAGCAAUGUUUUAUUAAUUGUUAGAGAAGAGUGGCAUUAGUAUUUACAAAACAAUUUUCUUUCUUGUCCUAUACCGCUCCAGUACAAACAACUAGAUUAUGUUCUCGGUCGGAAAGCUUUGUGUUCUUGCUAACUGCUGUAAAGUUACCUCAUAGCAAAGAAUUUGUUUGACAAUUAAUAUUUUUAUUGUUGUUAAAGAGACAUAGUUGUCUAUGCUACAAAAUAAGUAAAUGCUAAAUACAAUAAAUUACUAUAGCAACAUUUGAGUAAAAUAACAAAACAAUUAAAAUCUGAUUAUAGUUUGCGUUACUGAUACCAGUAAGAUUUUUUUUUUUUUCGUUCACUAUUAUAUAGAUAUCUGUGCCAAACCAUCUACAAGCAAAUACUUGCUGUGAGGUUUGAGUAUUCAGGUCUAAUGUACAAAUACUGUAUUUCUAUUUUUUGAUAACACUAACAUAAACUUUAUGCUUUGAAUUUUAGUCUUGCAUAAGUAAAUUGUACUGGAAAAAGCAAGCUUGGGAUUUCAAAGCUUCCUCUACAAAAGGAAAUCUGCUCACAAUGCCUUAUACUGCAGGUUAUUUAAAAUAAUUUAAUAUACCUUAGUUUUUCAUUAUCUAGAUUAAACAGUCAGCUACAAAUAUGAAUGUGAUUAGUGAUCACAUGUGUCUAGUUCCCCAAUUAUAUUCCCUACUAACAGAAACACAAUGAUUUUUACCUUUCACAUUAUAUAUAUAUUUUAGGCUACAUUGACAAUGCUAAUGCCUUUUAGAAUGAAGUGGAUAUCAUAUGGUAAAGAAUGCUUUUGCUCCUGUACAAAAAAAUAAAUCAUCAAAAUAUUGUAAAGAAGUAACCGUACAUUCAUGCUUGCAAAAAGCUGAUCUACCAGAAUCCUUUUAACCAUGCUUUUUUUAAAUGCUUGGAUCAUAAAUAAUAAAAUAAGUAAGCUUAAAUGUUACAUAUAUAUUGCUUCAGUAAAUGUGAUUAAUGAUUAGAAUGUAAAGAGAACUAUCAUUUUCUUAGUCACUCCAUAGAUGUGAGACACUUCAUAGAUUGAAUCUGCAGGCACUGAGUGUGCACCAACAGGAAGAGAUUAAAUGGACAAAAAAAUAAAGCAGCCUGUUUAAUGCAGAUUUUACCUUGCAAGGCUGUGACAUUCACAUGAACAGAGUAGUGGAAACUAUGUCUCCUGCAGGACUUAGUUUUCCAACCUUUAUGACCACUUCAGUGAUUUCAGAGAUAUUGUUAAUUGUGCUGGGGGCUAGUUGCUCUUUUCUGAGCUGGCAUUGUUAAUUCUGCACAUAAAAUAUAUCUGUCGUUAGCGCAUACUGCACGUUGAAGAAAGGUGUGAACAUUUUCCCUUGCGGUCAGAGCUAGCUCUCCCCUUCCACCCACUCUUCAUUCCCUCCCACCUUCCUCCGCUUAACCUGGAUUCCAGGUAAGUAAACCCUAUUUUUAAAUUUUUGCAGGUUUUACUGCAAAUUGAGAUGUAACCCGUUAAUGGAUGGACCUUCACUGCACUACAUAGCAAUACACAGUAACAAGAAAGUGUCCAAUGCUUCACAAUUGCUGUUUUUUAAAAAGCAAAUCAUUUAUUUCAACUUAAAAGCAUACUUCAAUUAAAAAAACAAAACAGACUCUCAUUAGCUCCAUAAAAAUUCCACAAUCGAGAAAAUUCACCUUUCGCAUGAAAUAUACUUUUUCAAGAUCAAAACCACCCGUGUGGAAGUCAAAAUAAGUUUGUUUUUUUUUGUUUGUUUUUUUAAACAGUGAUGUCACCAUCUGGGGAUUUUACAGAAUUUGCAGACAUCCGAUGGUGACAUCACCGCUGGGGGCCAAGGGGGGGAAGCAGGAAAAUGUAAAAAUGUAAUCGCCAGGACCCGACAUCAGUGCUGUACAGUCUUGCGUCAUAGACAGAGCCAAUUCCCUGCAGCCGUCACUGGUGAUGGCUGUCGGGAUUAGCACUGUAGUUUCGCUCAGAGUCUGAGAAAGUCAAACAGUGGAAAUUACUGAGACAAAUUAGUUCCUACUUUGUCUCCGUAAAUCUCUUGACUGGGUUGAAAUUUCAGUGAAAUCCCGUCACGGUCAACAAAUGAGCAUUUCAUAAAGAUUAAACAGCACCUUGUGGAGCAUUGGACACUUUAUUUCCUAUUGUCAGAACAAGAUUGGGUAAACUACAGGAAUGCAACAACCGCUGACAAUGUUGCUGCUGAAAUAAAGGAUGAGUUAACUAAUGUUCAGAGUUUAAAACACUAUUAGUCGGUUGAAUAAAACCAUUCUGACACUAGAUACUUCAAUUACUAUUCUAUGAUAUUAAGAGCACAGUCUAAAUGUAUUGUGUGCUACUUCAAAUUAUUCCUUAUUAUGUAACAAUUUACCAUAAUGGUGUGUUUUCCUUUCAAAAUAACCUCUGCACCCCAAAUAUAUAUAUAUAAUAAUAAUAAAUUUGAAUAAAAUUUAAAAUCAGAUUUUUGCUGUAUGGAAACACAAGAACAAAAUUGGCAAUUAGGCAUGUGAAGAUAUAUUUUAAUCCUUUGCAUAUUUUUUUAGUAACCGUAAAAUAGCGCAGUGAGGCAUAUUAUCAUCAGUCACAGAAUGAGUGAUGAUGUAUUAUGUUUGGUAUACAAGAGAUUUCUUAGUCUGACAAAUUACCACGUUUAUGUACAAACUAAAUGUUAAAAUAUCAAAUUUCUACAGCAGCUAAUAAGUGAUGUAAAUGCAAUAUAUAGCCAAUGUUUAUAGUCCCUAAGCAGAUUCUAGAAAUUCUAACAUGCAAAAAUAUGAGCUAUUGCAGGCACGCAAUUGCAUUAUUAAUAUUUAAUUUGAAUUCUAAUGCUUAGAAUAAAUUAUUAUACCAGUUCUUAAAUUUUGCUUACCUUCGCGUUAAUGGUUGCAUAACCUGAAAUUACAACUGUAACUCAUUACUGUAAUAAUUAAAAACUAUUUGUUGCAUAAGAUGUUUUCUCUCGAUAUAGUUUAGUGUUUGAACAUAUUGUUUUUAAUUGUGUUACUGCCCCCUACUGGCAGAUGCCAGGUACAUAGGGCUCCCCUGGGUUUAGAAACUUGCCUUAAAGUAUUUGUAUUACAGUAUAAAAAGUGCUAGGUUCACUAGAGCUUUGUUUUGCCGGUGCUUAUUUUUGUUUGUUGUGUUAAGAAUUUUUGUUGAAAAAAAUACCACAUAAACACGUCUCCACAUUUUGCGAAUAUGAAAUAAUGCUCUCAAUAGGCUACAUAUAUACAUACACACUUUAAUAACGGCUUACAGUGUAAUUUUGUGCAUAUUUCAGAAAGUAAAAUAAUGGCUAACUGGAAACAUUUAUAAAAUUAUAUGUUAUCAAAUACACAUUUAAGUCUGUGUGCAUGUUUUAUUUUAGUUUUGUUUUGCUUUUACUGCCAUGUUUAUAAUUAAAGCAAGUCUUUUAUUAGAAUUUUCUCCUUACACUUUUUUAAUGUUUUUUUUUUUGUUUGUUUUUUACAUCAAAUUAACUGUUAAGUACCAGAAAAGUAUCCACAGAAUCUUAGCGUAUGUUUUGUGCCGCUCCCUCAUAACUGCACUUGAGAUUUGCCUGUUCAGAGGUCUCCUCAUUCCAAUCCCAAUCCAAUGUUUAUCGAUAUAGUCUUAAUUAUUGUUAUUAAGUUGGGUUUUGAUAUGUCUAACAGACCGUAUAUGCCCUUUAAGUUACUCUUUAGUGGAAUAAUUGAGGGAUACUUUUUCUACUGCAUUAGAUUUUUAUUCUAAUAUAUAACACACAGUGCAGUAUGUACUGUGUUGUAAAAUGCUGGAUAGUUUGUAGAUCACAUAUAAUGCAAUUAGAAAAUCGUUUAAUACUUUACAUCUAAUCUAUACAAAAAUGCAAAAUAAAGGAUUUAUUUGUGUGCAAACUCAAACACAUUACACUACCAGCCUUGAUCUUUGCUAGUUAACAGUUCUUCAUUCUGGCCUAUGGAAUGCUGCCUGCUUGGCAUGUUUAACACAGCACUGCAAGUGUUUAAAGUGUUAGAGCUGAUUAGCAUGGGUUUCAGGUGCCUACAAUAGAGGGAUUAGCUUUCUUUUUAUUAUAAAUUUUUUUGCUACUUAUUACAAGCCCCUGAAACUUGUGCUAUGCUUUCUAAUUACAUACACAACCGUGUUAUGGAGUAGUGCAGGUCAGGAAAGAGGAACAGAAAGGGAGCUAAAAUCUGUUAACAAUAAAUAAUCAAGUUGUGUUGUUGCCUGUGUUCCUUAAAAUAACUGGGAAAAUAAAAUCAAGACUGCUAUAGCUUAAGUGUCCCAUUUAAAGGGGGACACGCUAAGCACCAUACCUACUACAGUUUAAUGUGCAAAGAGACUCUCCCUGCAGUCGCAGCAAUGUAAACGCUUUGUUUGUUCAUAAGGACACCACUAGUGGCGCCCCCUUACCUCCCCUCGCUCCCUCCCCCUCUGUGCUUUUCUUUUUUUGGCCACCGAUGAUCUUGGGCUGUGGCGGAGUGGCUGUAACGGGUAUACCAACAUGGCAUUGGGUAAAAUUUAGGCAUAUCUUACGGUCGCAUUCAGGUUUUUGCACAACCCAAUAACUGCACAUUUUUGAAAGAAACAAACAAAAAAAUACUCUAUAAAGUGGUUUCAAUGUGUAAUUAACAAUAUCCAGAUGUCUUGGCACAUCCAGAGAAUAAUGUGUAAACAGAUUUAACACCCAGAAUUCAAAUGAGCACAUACAGGUGAUACUCAAAAAAUUAGAAUAUCGUGCAAAAGUUCAUUUAUUUCAGUAAUGCAACCUAAAUGGGGAAACUAAUAUAUGAGAUAGAUGCAUUACAUGCAAAGCAAGAUAGUUCAAGCCGUGAUUUGUCAUAAGUGCGAUGAUUAUGGCUUACAGCUCAUGAAAACCCCAAAUGCACAAUCUCAGUAAAUUAGAAUAUUACAUGCAUUCAAUAAAACAAGGAGUGUACGUAGAACAAUAUCGGACCUCUGAAAAGUAUAAGCAUGCAUAGGGACUCAGUACUUGGUUUGGGCCCCUUUUGCAGCAAUUACUGCCUCAUUGCGGCAUGGCAUGGAAGCGAUCAGCCUAUGGCACUGCUGAGGUGUUAUGGAAGACCAGGAUGCUUCAAUAGCGGCCUUCAGCUCUUCUGCAUUGUUCGGUCUCAUGUCUCUCAUCGUUCUCUUGGCAAUGCCCCAUAGAUUCUCUAUGGGGUUCAGGUCAGGCGAGUUUACUGGCCAAUCAAGCACAGUAAUCCCACAUUGAACCAGGCUUUGGUGCUUUUGGCAGUGUGGGCAGGUGCAAAGUCCUGCUGGAAAAUGAAGUCAGCAUCCCCAUAAAGCUCGUCUGCGGAAGGAAGCAUGAAGUGCUCAAAAACCUCCUGGAAGGCGCCUGCGUUGACCCUGGACUUAAUGAAGUACAGUGGACCAACACCAGCAGAUGACAUGGCUCCCCAAAUCAACACAGACUGUGGAAACUUCACACUGGACUUCAAGCAUCUUGUAGUGUGUGCCUCUCCAUUCUUCCUCCAGAUUCUGGGUCAUUGGUUUCCAAAUAAGAUGCAAAAGUUGCUCUCAUCAGAAAAGAGGACUUUGGACCACUGAGCAACAGACCACGUCUGUUUUUCUUUAGCCCAGGUAAGAAGCUUCUGACGUUUGUUGUUCAGGAGUGGCUUUGCAAGAGGAAUACGACAUCUGAAGCCCAUGUCCAGGAUCCGUCUGUGUGUGGUGGCUCUUGAUGCACUGACUCCAGCCUUAGUCCACUCCUUGUGAAAGUCCCCAACACUUUUGAAUGGCCUUUUCCUGACGAUCCUCUCCGGGCUGCGGUCAACCCUGCUGCUUGUGCACCUUUUUCUUCCACACUUUCCCCUUCCACAUAACUUUCUAUUAAUGUGCUUUGAUACAGCACUUUGUGAACAUCCAACUUCCUUGGCAAUUUCCUUUUGAGGCUUUCCCUCCUUAUGGAGGGUGUCAAUGAUGGUUUUCUGCACAACUGUCAGGUCAGCAGUCUUCCCCAUGAUUGUGAUUCCUACUCAACCAGACUGAGAGACCAUUUAAAGGCUCAGAAACCCUUUGCAGGUGUUAUGGCUUACUUAGCUGAUUAGAGUGGGACACUGUGAGCCUAGAAUAUUGCACCUUUUCACAAUAUUCUAAUUUACUGAGAUUGUGGAUUUGGGGUUUUCAUGAGCUGUAAGCCAUAAUCAUCGCACUUAUGACAAAUCACGGCUUCAACUAUCUUGCUUUCCAUGUAAUGCGUCUAUCUCCUAUAUUAGUUUCCCCAAUUACGUUGCAUUACUGAAAUAAAUGAACGUUUGCACAAUAUUCUAAUUUUUCGAGUAUCACUUGUACUGCAUGUCUCUGACCCUUGUGUGUAAUGACGUUGCUGUAGAGAAAAAUAAAUUUUACUUACCUCCAGAGCUUUACUCACUCCAGUAAAUUCCUCACCAUCAUACACUUGGAUGAGAGAUUUACCAACCAUCACUUUUCAAGAAGUGUCAGUUCUACUUUAAAGGGGAACUGUAAUUUCGUUUUUAAUCUGUAAAAUGUCUUAUUGAAUGUGCCUUCCCCGAGACAUAUAAUUCUAAAAUUGCUAUUUUUCUAUAGUAUACUAAUAAAGGAAAAUUUAGAGCUAUUUUUUCAAAAUGUAUCUUAAUUUAAUAAUCACCCUUGCUGCCCUUUGUGUGCCCAAUAUUAGAUUAAACUACUUUUAAAGGUAUUGUUUAAUCCUUGAUGUUUUAGUUUUCUAACAUUUUAGCUGAACACUAUGUGUUAAAUGAUAGAGGCACCCUAAUGAUAGUUACCUUUCUUACAUUUAGAAAAUAAAUUUCCUUUCCAUAGCCAUCAUCGUGUGUGUGUGUAUGUAUUUUUAUUUAUUUUUUAACCCAUAUUUAGUGUGAUGUUAAUGUAACACAACCUACAUGUCCAUUAAAUCUUUGUGGUUUUUCGAUGGAUAGAUUGUACAGAGGGGGAGGUACGUACAUUUGACUGACAAUUAUUUCCGACUGGGAAGCCAACACAAUUAAGCUUUUGAAAAGGAUAUCUAUUUCCUAUAGCCCUGAAGUACCUACUCUUACACUGAAGAAAGGUUAAAAGUAACUACUUAUGCUGUGGAUUCUCUUUAUACUAAAAGCAUGGUAUUGGUUAUACUAAAACUCUCCUGUUUUCAACAGUAUACUAAUUUCUUGAUAAUCAAACUUUUAAAAAACCUACUUUCCACAAGCAUACACAAAUAUUGUCAAUUAACAUUUCACUGUAAUAUUGUUGGACAUAUGACCAUUAUUCAUCAGCCAUAAGUAAAAAAAAAAAAUAGCUUCAUAAGUUAAACAUCUUGCUUUUAGUAGUGACAAGUAGAGAUGUCGCGAACCGUUCGUGGCGAACUCCGGUCAGCUGACACAUCCUGGCCAAUCUCCAGCAGACCCUCCCUCCUAGACCCUCCUACUUCCUGGACAGCAUCCAUGUUGAAGGCAGCUUCAACAUGGAUGCUGUCCAGGAGGUGGGAGGGUCUGCUGGAGAUUGGCCGGGAUGUGUCAGCUGACCGGAGUUCGCCACGAACGGUUUGUGGCGAACCGUUCGCGAGAAGUUCGCGGACGGUUCGCGACAUCUCUAGUGACAAGUUAUACAUUUUUUUGUUUUCUAUUUUUUUUUUAUUUUAUGUAGAAAUCUGCAUUUUAUGUAAAUGGUUUUGUUGUGUAGUCCUUUAAGUAUGACGACAUCCGGAAAUAGUUUUGCUGGAUGUCGCUUAGUAUGAUCAUUUGGUUAUUGUAUUACAAGCUUGCUUGUGCUUUAAUAAACACUAAUGUUUUAUGUUCAACAAAGGGUUUUUUUGUUUCUGUUUUUGGUAUAACUGGGUAUGUGUUGAAGAUUGUGUACAUCUUGUGAUACAGUCAAAUAAUUCAAGACAAUGUGCUGAAUCUCAAAUGAUUUAACACUAGUUGUUUUGUUCCUGUGGGAAUUGUGGAGAACUGACUAGGGAAUUUCAAAGUUGAUCUGGAUAACACCUUUUUAUUUUAUAUAUGUCUAUAUAUAUUUUCCCAAAUAUGAACUAUCCCGAAAGGGUACUCUAUGCAACUAAACCACUAAGAGUCUCUGGGAGCUGUCCC